AUGUGUGACUGGAGCAACCUGCUUUCCAAUAAAACCACAACAAGGAACAACGUAUGUUCCUUUUCACUGGGCUAUAUCUUUACAUAACAUCUGUACUGAAUCAUCACAGCAACUAAAAAUAAGUCAGAGACUGGUAGAGCGGGGGAGUGUAUGAGAUGGAGAUAGGGGUGGAAUGCCAAUUAUCAUGACGUUAAGACACUUGUUAACUGUGGCCCCAUAGGGCUCUGGUCAAAACAAGUCUUCUAUAAAGGGGACAUGGUGCCAUUUGGGACAAGUUGGAUCAGAACGACAGUGAAGUGUUCUUGGUACCCUGAAGGGCUGGUCGGGUUAGGGGUUAGGGUUAGAAUUUAAAAAGAGAGUGGAGUGUUAUGGGUACCCUGAAGGCCUGGUCCAGUUAGGAUUAAGGAUGAAGGUUUAGGGGUUAGGAUUAUAGGUUAGGGGUUAGGAUAAGUGUAACAGGUACCCUGAAGGCCUGGUCCAGUUAGGAUUAAGGAUGAAGGUUUAGGGGUUAGGAUUAUAGGUUAGGGGUUAGGAUAAGUGUAACAGGUACCCUGAAGGGCUGGUCAGGGAUGAAGGGGAAGUAGUCGAUAGACUUCUCCUCCUCGCUCCACUGUCCCGAGACGCGGGAGUUACGCAGGAACUGGCGCUCGGCAAAUCGAGCGCUGAGUUUCAGGGCCACAUCCGGCUGUGGCUCCUCCUCCUCUGUGCCGCGGCCGCAAGUCAGGCUGACGUCAAAACUGAGACGGAAAGAAACGUAGAGAAGAGAAAAGUAUUAGGUGUAACUGUGCUGGCUUAACAAUAUCCCUUUCUACCCUAGGUAACCUGUCCCUUAGUGGGAUCCCUAGGUAACCUGUCCCUUAGUGGGAUCCCUAGAUAACCUGUCCCUUAGUGGGAUCCCUAGGUAACCUGUCCCUUAGUGGGAUCCCUAGGUAACCUGUCCCUUAGUGGGAUCCAUAGGUAACCUGUCCCUUAGUGGGAUCCAUAGGUAACCUGUCCCUUAGUGGGAUCCCUAGGUAACCUGUCCCUUAGUGGGAUCCCUAGGUAACCUGUCCCUUAGUGGGAUCCCUAGGUAACCUGUCCCUUAGUGGGAUCCAUAGGUAACCUGUCCCUUAGUGGGAUCCAUAGGUAACCUGUCCCUUAGUGGGAUCCCUAGGUAACCUGUCCCUUAGUGGGAUCCAUAGGUAACCUGUCCCUUAGUGGGAUCCAUAGGUAACCUGUACCUUAGUGGGAUCCAUAGGUAACCUGUCCCUUAGUGGGAUCCAUAGGUAACCUGUCCCUUAGUGGGAUCCCUAGGUAACCUGUCCCUUAGUGGGAUCCCUAGGUAACCUGUCCCUUAGUGGGAUCCAUAGGUAACCUGUCCCUUAGUGGGAUCCAUAGGUAACCUGUCCCUUAGUGGGAUCCCUAGGUAACCUGUCCCUUAGUGGGAUCCAUAGGUAACCUGUCCCUUAGUGGGAUCCCUAGGUAACCUGUCCCUUAGUGGGAUCCCUAGGUAACCUGUCCCUUAGUGGGAUCCAUAGGUAACCUGUCCCUUAGUGGGAUCCCUAGGUAACCUGUCCCUUAGUGGGAUCCCUAGGUAACCUGUCCCUUAGUGGGAUCCAUAGGUAACCUGUCCCUUAGUGGGAUCCCUAGGUAACCUGUCCCUUAGUGGGAUCCCUAGGUAACCUGUCCCUUAGUGGGAUCCAUAGGUAACCUGUCCCUUAGUGGGAUCCAUAGGUAACCUGUCCCUUAGUGGGAUCCAUAGGUAACCUGUCCCUUAGUGGGAUCCAUAGGUAACCUGUCCCUUAGUGGGAUCCAUAGGUAACCUAUCCCUUAGUGGGAUCCAUAGGUAACCUGUACCUUAGUGGGAUCCAUAGGUAACCUGUACCUUAGUGGGAUCCCUAAGUAACCUGUCCCUUAGUGGGAUCCAUAGGUAACCUGUCCCUAGGUAACUCUGUUACAUGAGGAGACAUUAAGAAAGAGCAUAUGGUAAUGGAGCUGUAGGAGACAUAGAGGACGGCCUAUAGGGACAAUGGUAAUGGAGCUGUAGGGGACAUAGAGGAGGGACUAUAGGGACAUGAUGCUGUAGGGGACAUAGAGGAGGGACUAUAGGGACAUGAUGCUGUAGGGGACAUAGAGGAGGGACUAUAGGGACAUGAUGCUGUAGGAGACAUAGAGGAAGGCCUACAGGGACAUGGUGUCUGUGUAGGAGAAACACCACAUAAUACUGUUGUCAUUAUGUUUAGCAUCUGGAGGAGCAGUAUGUUCACAUCUGCCAUGACAAGCAUUUUGCCAUGAACUUUGACAUACUGUAAAUAUUGUGUGCCAGGCAUUUAAAACUGAUGUCACUAAAUACGUUUUUAAACUGAACAUUAGUUUCUAUUCAGGCCUGUAAAGGACACACACUAAAAUGUCUCAACAAGCACUGUGUCCCAAUUGGCACACUAUCCCCUUUGUAGUACACUACGUUUGAUCAGGGCCCCUAGGGCUCUGGUCAAAGGUAGGCUAGUGGACUACAUAGGGAAUAGGGUGCCAUUCGGGAUACAGCCAGCUCUGCCUCAGCCUGGCCUGACUGUGGAGGUGAACACCCUGCCUUGCAUUAUGAAAAAGCCAUCCUUUCUCAACACACCCACCCACGCAGUUCUCCAUUUCUCCCCCCCGGGCCAUUUCUUUGCCUCCUGCCAUGCUGCUAAUAAUGAACUCAUCUUUUUAAAUUUUCCUUUUCUGAACCUAUGUGCGAUUCUGUCUUUUACAAUACAUGUUCUCUCUCCUUAUUAGGCUAGAUUCGCAUAUUUCAGCAGACAUAAUAUAGACAAAACAGCAUUUCACCAAUUAAAAAUUCAAUACACAGGCCUGCAACAAUUAAUUGUAUAGGCUACAUUCUUACAGAAUCAGAACUCCAACUAAAAUGGAAUGGGACUUAGAAUGUAAUGAAAAAGCAGUAUAUGACAGAUAAGAAGUUGAUGAUGACAUUCAUUCAGAUAAGCCAGGACGCAAGUGAAAAAUAGACCUAGUUAGCUCUGGUCCAGGAUGCCUUCUCUUCUUCAAGAAUAAGUUGAAGUCUAAGGCACUGCAUCACAGUGCUAGAGGCAUCACUACAGACCCAGAUUUGAUCCCGGGCUGUAUCACAACCGGCGUUAUUGGGAGUCCCAUAGGGCGGCGCACAAUUGAUCCAGCGUCGUCCAGGUUAGGGGAGGGUUUGGCCGGGGUAGGCCAUCAUUGUAAAUAAGAAUUUGUUCUUAACUGACUUGCCUAGUUAAAUAAAGGUUCAAUAAAAAAAAGAAGGCUCAGCAUCAGCAAGCAGCACGUAACGGCAUGGACCAGAGCUAACACCUAAUGAGUGGAGGUUAUUGGCUUAGCCUACCUGUCCGGCUCCAGAUCAACAAUGCCCAUGACAAUGACCUUCUUCCCCGGCCUCAUACCACCUCUGAUGCGGCCGCUGAAUGGCACCUUCUAUGAUUGAGAGACAACAUUUUAUUUUAAAUCAUCACCACAUUUAAUCAUCAUCACAACACAUAAUGUGGACAAACACAUGGAAUACGAUAGGGAAGGACUGACAUCAAAUGUCCCCCAUCCUCCAGGGUAGGUGAUGUGGUAAUUAUUUUUUUAAGGAUUAACCAUUCAGGCCUAUAUAUUGAUUAACGUCGAUGGAUGAGGAUGAAUCUUCCCACCAGAAGCCGUGAAAUGUCCUCCCUAUCCGGCGAGAUAAGCCCGGGGUUCCCGAACGAAUCGUUGUGAUGGUCAUCUUCAGUCUUCUUCAAAACCACCAGAGACAAAGGGGAAAGAAAAAACAUAAUGUAUUGAUCAGGUACAGCCUAAAUAAUAACAGCCUAAUCAAUGGGCGGAGUAGCCUAGCGUUCUAAUAGGCUGCAUAUUGCUCAAGGUCUUCUCGGCCGUUGAAAAAGCCGACGGCAUGGCCCUCAUGCCGCUAUUCAACAAUCAAAAGGUUGGGAAAUCCAUGGCUGUCAAAAUAUCUGUCAUGUUCUAGACUAGAGCGCGUAAGACCUGUGACAACGUUUGUUCAUUACCAUCAAGGCGCACAUAGAUAGCCUACAUUGUAAAUUGAUAACGAGAAAUAAUGCACCGUAUCGGUUAAACGACCUAGGUGACCACCACACAGAUACAUUUCCACAUGCAGAAUCAUAUGGAAUUUCUUCCGCGCCCACAUCAAAGGUCGACUCGGGCUGUGCUUGGGAAUGCACAGCCAGCCUAUUGCCAUAUUACUCCCCACAAUAAUAGAAACUUGAUGAUGACGUAAAUUACAGCUCUCCACAAAUGACACGCGUAACCGUUUUUACGCGCAGAUACAGAAAACAACAAAUUCCGAGCAAACAGCUGUUUAACAGCAAAUUGUAAUACUCACUAUUCCGUCCUUUUCCGUUACCGACACCGCCAUCUUGACUUGUACAGAAUACCAUAGGAUGCUUAUCAGAAGAGAGGCAUCCCAGGCAGCCCUCCCCUACUGGAAUGUGUCAGCGUCGUGGCAGCAGUGACUCAAGGAGCCUAUUCCUAGGUGUCCACACACCCAACCCACACUCAACAAGCAGCGGAGAGGAAUCCUAAACAAUACGUGGAGUUACCUACGGUAUUCACAUUUAGGACUAGAAGACGUCUCGUGUAGGCUGGCUGGCUGAGGCUGCGUGUUGUAGUAGGCUAUGCCUAGGCCAUACAUAUCCGCUCUAGAAAUGGGUGGAUAGCCUUUUUAUUUUGCUGACGUAUGCUUUAUAAUAAUAAGAGGGGCUUUGGUAAUCCCCGUCUGUUUGAGAACGAGCCAGGCUAAUCAGAUUUUUAUUUUCCUCCCAACCCCCUUCACCUAAUUAUGCUGAACCCCCAUAAAGUGGGGUCUCUUCUCUCGUUCGACUCUAAUAUUGAGUGGAAAUAUUUUGUAUAGCCUCGUUCCUAGACUAAUAAAGAUGCCUAUGUGGUAGGAGCCGAGGAUAGACGAUUAAACCAUGUUGAGAUGAUAAUGAUAGUGUUGACUAAAUGUGGUGCAAAAGAAACAACCAACUUGAUAUAUAAAUCUAGGCUAUAUGAGUACAGCUAAUUUUGUUCUUGCAAAAGGGCUAUUUGACUGUAAAUACUGAGUUCAUUGAGAAAUAUCCUACUUUGUUGGACAACAUUGAGCUAUAAAUACCAUGUUUCCGCUCAAUAAUUAUAUAGGACAUUAUUUGCCUAUGCCAAUCAGGAGGGCAUGCACACACACACACACACACACACACAGUGUCACACAUGCCACACACAUACUGAUUUAAAUUGCCCGAGGGCGUCCUUCUGUGGCAGUUCACAGUACUACAAAUCCAAAUCCUCUACUCUAGGCCUGCUAUAUUAUAUUCUGCAGUUCCCUCAUUCAAAAACAAGGGCUCAUUAGGGUUCAAUACAGAACCAUUUCUUAUAAGAGUGUAGCCAACAUGUUGUAGACAGAGAUUGAAUGACAAGAUGUUUUGUGAAUCUCAAGUCUACUGUCUUCUCUUCCUGUUAGUGACUUCCUCAGUUAGAGCAGCCUACAUGAUUGGAAAAUAGGGAACCAUCAUUCAGUGUUGUAUUGGGGCUGUGUGUAGCCCUGCACAAGGUUAGAGAUUAAAAUGUUGGGAGUGAAUUGGCUACUGAAUAGCUGCUGGUGUCUACUACCAUUACGCCCUUGAGCAAGGCACUUAACCCACAAAAUAGCUCUCCAUCCAGGGGCUCUGCACAGUGGGUGGGGUUGGGGAAAAGGCAGGCUAGGUACCUAUUCUGGAACAUAGGAUGACUCUCAAAAGACAGCAAGGCACACAACUGACAUUCUGUCCAUUGCAGCACCUGUCCCUGAAGUUAUGCUGGCUAGCCCAGGACAUAUCUCCUAUCCUCCUCCUCUCUUCAAGUCAUGGGGGCUAGCCCACAACAUAUCUUCUCUCCUCCUCCUCUCUUCAAGUCAUGGGAGCUAGCCCACAACAUAUCUUCUCUCCUCCUCCUCUCUUCAAGUCAUGGGGGCUAGCCCACGACAUAUCUUCUCUCCUCUUCCUCUCUUCAAGUCAUGGGGGCUAGCCCACGACAUAUCUUCUCUCCUCUUCCUCUCUUCAAGUCAUGGGGGCUAGCCCACAACAUAUCUUCUCUCCUCCUCCUCUCUUCAAGUCAUGGGUGCUAGCACAGGACAUAUCUUCUCUCCUCCUCCUCUCUUCAAGUCAUGGGGGCUAGCCCACAACAUAUCUUCUCUCCUCCUCCUCUCUUCAAGUCAUGGGGGCUAGCCCACAACAUAUCUUCUCUCCUCCUCCUCUCUUCAAGUCAUGGGGGCUAGCCCACAACAUAUCUUCUCUCCUCCUCCUCUCUUCAAGUCAUGGGGGCUAGCCCACAACAUAUCUUCUCUCCUCCUCCUCUCUUCAAGUCAUGGGGGCUAGCCCACAACAUAUCUCCUCUCCUACUCCUCUCUUCAAGUCAUGGGGGCUAGCCCACAACAUAUCUUCUCUCCUCCUCCUCUCUUCAAGUCAUGGGGGCUAGCCCACAACAUAUCUUCUCUCCUCCUUCUCUCUUCAAGUCAUGGGGGCUAGCCCACAACAUAUCUUCUCUCCUCCUCCUCUCUUCAAGUCAUGGGGGCUAGCACAGGACAUAUCUCCUCUCAUCCUCCUCUCUUCUCUGGUCUAUUCUCUUCAUCUCUUUCGUUCCCUUCUUUCAUCAUCUCAACCUGCCCAAACACACGUCGACAGAUCUCCCACCAAGUCAAAACGGGGACCCGAACCAGCGACCUCUCGGCCACCGGCCCAAGCUCCCAACCACCAGGCCACCAACCAUCCAAGAUCCCCCCCAAAGUUCCCAGAGAGCUGCCCCUGGCCAUCGAGACCCCCCCCCCCCCCGAAAAAAAUAAUAAUAAUAAUAGUAAAUAAAUAAAUAACCUCUCCUUCCACUAGAUGUUGGAGCAUCGUUGCGGGAUUUGCUUCCAUUCAGCCACAAGAGCAUUUGUGAGGUCGGGCAUUGAUGUUGGGCGAUUAGGACUCGCUCGCAGUCGACGUUCCAAUUAAUUCCAAAGGUGUUCGAUGAGGUUGAGGUCAGGGCUCUGUGCAGGCCAGUCAAUUCAUUCCAUACCGAUCUCAACAAACAAUUUCUGUAUGGACCUCACUUUGUGCAUGGGGGCAUUGUCAUGCUGAAACAGUAAAGGGCCUUCCCCAAACUGUUGCCACAAAGUUGGAAGCACAGAAUCAUCUGGAAUGUCAUUGUAUGCUGUAGCGUUAAGAUUUCCCUUCACUGGAACUAAGGGGCCUAGCCCGAACCAUGAAAAACAGCCCCAGACCAUUAUUCCUCCUCUACCAAACUUUACAGUUGGCAUUAUGCAUUGGGGCAGGUAGUGUUCUCCUGGCAUCCGCCAAACCCAGAUUCGUCCAUCGGACAGCCAGAUGCUGAAGCGUGAUUCAUCACUCCAGAGAACGUGUUUCCACUGCUCCAGAGUCCAAUGGCGGCGAGCUUUACACCACUCCAACCGACGCUCUGCAUUGUGCAUGGUGAUCUUAGGCUUGUGUGCGGCUGCUCGGCCAUGGAAACCCAUUUCAUGAAGCUCCCAAUGAACAUUUAUUGUGCUGACGUUGUUUCCAGAGACAGUUUGGAACUCUGUAGGGAGUGUUCCAACCGAGGACAGAUAUAUUUUUACGCUCUACACGCUUCAGCACUCGGCGGUCCCGUUCUGUGAGCUUGUGUGGCCUUCCACUUCGCGGCUGAGGCGUUGUUGCUCCUAGACGUUUCCACUUCACAAUAACAGCACUUACAGUUGACCGGGGCAGCUCUAGCAGUGCGGAAAUUUGACGAACUGACUUGUUGGAAAGGUGGCAUCCUAUGACGGUGUCACGUUGAACGUCACUGAGCUCUUCAGUAAGGCCAUUCUACUGCCAAUGUUUGUCUAUGGAGAUUGCAUGGCUGUGUGCUCGAUUUUAUACACCUGUCAGCAAUGGUUGUGGCUGAAAAAGCCAAAUCCACUAAUUUGAAGGGGUGUCCACAUACUGCUUUAUAUAUAGUGUAUGUCCCUAGGGCAUAGGCCAGGACUGCCCAACCCUGUUGUUCAGGUGAAUCAGGUUAGUUACAACUGGUGUUGGAGCGAAAACCUACAGGAUGGUUGCUCUCCAGGAACAGGGUUGGAGAGCCCUGACCUAGGCUAUAGGUAGUCAUCCUUAACAUUGACUAAACAUUGAAGGCAAUUGCGUUUCUGGCAACAAUGUGGGGUUUUCCAAUGGUUGAAGUAACAGAGAUUACAUUUUAGUCAUUUAGCAGACGCUCUUAUCCAGAGCGACUUACAGUUAGUGCAUACAUUAUUAUUAUAUAUUUUUUUUCAUACUGGCCCCCCCGUGGGAAUCGAACCCACAACCCUGGCGUUGCAAACGCCAUGCUCUACCAACUGAGCUACAUCCCUGCCGGCCAUUCCCUCCCCUACCCUGGACGACGCUGGGCCCAUUGUGCGCCGCCCCAUGGGUCUCCCGGUCGCGGCCAGCUACGACAGAGCCUGGAUUCGAACCAGGAUCUCUAGUGGCACAGCUAGCACUGCGAUGCAGUGCCUUAGACCACUGCGCCACUCGGGGACGCAAUGGACACAACAAGAAACACUGGUGUUAGGGUACAGUGAAAGACGAGGGAGGGCCUACUGUAAUACAUUGCCAUCAGUUGUAAUAAACCCCCAUUUCCAUGAGUUUCUAUUCUUAACAUGGUAUAUAGGCCUAUUGUCCUCCUGUGACAAUCCCAUAAACCGGAGGUUUCUUCAGGAAGCUAGGGGGAGGUCAAUUUGGAAUAAUUCUAUGGAAUAGUGUAUAUCCUAGGGUUGGAAAAUUCCGCUAACUUACCCAAAAUUCCCUGGUUUUCCAGAAAUCGCGGUUGGAAUAUUCCUGGAAUCAGGAGGGAAUACACUGGAAAUCCAGGAAUCCUCCAACCAGGGUUUCUCGAAAACCUGGGCACGUCUCAGUGCAACACAAGCUCCAAAGAAAAUGGCAUCCCUCGCCGUAACUGCAGCGGUAUAGGGUCUAUCCCACAGGGGGUAUGAAAAAAAAUUAUGGAUGCACUAACUGUAAGUCGCUCUGGAUAAGAGCGUCUGCUAAAUGACUAAAAUGUAAAUGUAAAAUGUAUCCAUUUUAUUUAUUCAUUUUUAUGCCAAUUUGUUUUAGAUGGAAACGAUAUAGGCUAUAUUGUUUGUACUGUUUAAUAUGCUACGAUGGCAUCCAGCAGCCACACAUAGACCUAACCUACAGAAACUAAUGCAGCCACACAUAGACCUAACCUACAGAAACUAAUGCAGCCACACAUAGACCUAACCUACAGAAACUAAUGCAGCCACACAUAGACCUAACCUACAGAAACUAAUGCAGCCACACAUAGACCUAACCUACAGAAACUAAUGCAGCCACACAUAGACCUAACCUACAGAAACUAAUGCAGCCACACAUAGACCUAACCUACAGAAACUAAUGCAGCCACACAUAGACCUAACCUACAGAAACUAAUGCUGCCACACAUAGACCUAACCUACAGAAACUAAUGCAGCCACACAUAGACCUAACCUACAGAAACUAAUGCAGCCACACAUAGACCUAACCUACAGAAACUAAUGCAGCCACACAUAGACCUAACCUACAGAAACUAAUGCAGCCACACAUAGACCUAACCUACAGAAACUAAUGCAGCCACACAUAGACCUAACCUACAGAAACUAAUGCUGCCACACAUAGACCUAACCUACAGAGACUAAUGCAGCCACACAUAGACCUAACCUACAGAAACUAAUGCAGCCACACAUAGACCUAACCUACAGAAACUAAUGCAGCCACACAUAGACCUAACCUACAGAAAGUAAUGCAGCCACACAUAGACAUUGUGAGCUCCUGAGUGGCGCAGUGGUCUAAGGCACUGCAUCGCAGUGCUAACUGUGCCACUAGAGAUCCUGGUUCGAAUCCAGGCUCUGUCGCAGCCGGCCGCGACCGGGAGACUCAUGGGCGGCGCACAAUUGGCCCAGCGUCGUCCAGGGUAGGGGAGGGAAUGGCCGGCAGGGAUGUAGAUCAGUUGAUAGAGCAUGGCGUUUGCAACGCCAGCGUUGUGGGUUCGAUUCCCACAGGGGGCCAGUAUAAUUUUUUUUUUUUUUUAAAUGCAUUCACUAACUGUAAGUCGCUCUGGAUAAGAGCGUCUGCUAAAUAACUAAAAUGUAAAUGUAAAUAGACAUAAACUACAGAAACUAAUGCAAAAAGCCAAGAUGUGUCGUUUGUUGUUUUUCUUAGUCUACAGAUGUAGGAUCUUAAUUUGAGCCAGUUUUCUACAUCAGGAAAAUAAUCCUGAGGUAACAGGAAAUGUGAAUUAUUAUGCAGAUUUUAAUUAAUGGACUUUUUUUGUAGGAGUUGAUACAUUUUUCGUUAGGGAAAUUAAAAACUUUAGAAGCCUUUUUAAACCUCGAAUACACUACAACAUUCUCAGCAACAAAAGUGUGAUCGAUUUAAGAUCCUACAUCUGUAGCUGCUCCCCUGUUCUGUAAUUUAGUAGUAGGUUAACAGGUGCGUUCAUUCCGGAGCGAGAGGCCUGCAUGCAUUCAGUCUGAAUAAUGGCACUUGUCCCUUCUCCAGACCCAACCUGUUCUACCGCUUCACAAUAGAAUGUAGCCCAACUACACCCUGAUGUCAGCUGAUCUUCACACAAGGUUUAGUUCUGUUGGUUCAUGUUUUCACACAGUAGGCUAGGCACACUCACACUCAUUGCUACAGUGCUAUAGGCUAUGUUGUUGCUCUCCAUCUUAUAGACUUCAGCUUCUUCUUGAGUAGAGGAACUUUUUCAGGUGAGUCCCUGUUGCAAUUUGGGACCAGUGUUUUCCUAGUUGGCUAAAUUACACAGCUGGUUUUUUUCUGUAUUUGCUUUUCCUGUGGUUGUCUCUUUCAAAGAUUGGCUAACCGCAUGGUACCUGUAUCAGUGCAUAUCUGAAAUGAUAACGAUGAAUCGAUAUGUCACUUGUCAGAUUCAGCAAGUGUAGCCUGGCUCUUCCAACUUUUUUCCACCGAGGUCUGAAGGGCUGCACUUCUAAUUGGUUAUAUUUACUCGCUGUCAAAAUGUGCAAAUAAAUAUUCCUCUAGCCAUUACCUCUGGAGUUGUCUAUGGUCCCUGACUGUCCAGCUUUUGUUUUGAUGACUGUUAGCAAGCUGGAUUAUAAAUGUAGUCUAUGAUAAUUUCUACACAGUUUUGAUUUGGUUUUAGACAUAUAAAAUCUAAUUGAAUCUGUUAUAUGCGCUGAAUACAACAGGUGUAGACUUUACUGUGAAAUGCUUACUUACAAGCCCUUAACCAACAAUGCUGAGUUACAAAGUAAGACCGUUUGGAAAUAAAAAUAGAACACAAUUAAUAACAAUAACAGCUAUAUAUAUAUACAGUGGGGAGAACAAGUAUUUGAUACACUGCCGAUUUUGCAGGUUUUCCUACUUACAAAGCAUGUAGAGGUCUGUAAUUUUUUAUCAUAGGUACACUUCAACUGUGAGAGACGGAAUCUACAACAAAAAUCCAGAAAAUCACAUUGUAUAAUUUUAAAGUAAUUAAUUUGCAUUUUAUUGCAUAUGACAUAAGUAUUUGAUACAUCAGAAAAGCAGAACUUAAUAUUUGGGACAGAAACCUUUGUUUGCAAUUACAGAGAUCAUACGUUUCCUGUAGGUCUUGACCAGGUUUGCACACACUGCAGCAGGGUUUUUGGCCCACUCCUCCAUACAGACCUUCUCCAGAUCCUUCAGGUUUCGGGGCUGUCGCUGGGCAAUACAGACCUUCAGCUCCCUCCAAAGAUUUUCUAUUGGGUUCAGGUCUGGAGACUGGCUAGGCCACUCCAGGAACUUGAGAUGCUUCUUACGGAGCCACUCCUUAGUUGCCCUGGCUGUGCGUUUCGGGUAGUUGUCAUGCUGGAAGACCCAGCCACGACCCAUCUUCAAUGCUCUUACUGAGGGAAGGAGGUUGUUGGCCAAGAUCUCGCGAUACAUGGCCCCAUCCAUCCUCCCCUCAAUACGGGGCAGUCGUCCUGUCCCCUUUGCAGAAAAGCAUCCACAAAGAAUGAUGUUUCCACCUCCAUGCUUCACGGUUGGGAUGGUGUUCUUAGGGUUGUACUCAUCCUUCUUCUUCCUCCAUUCACGGCGAGUGGAGUUUAGACCAAAAAGCUCUAUUUUUGUCUCAUCAGACCACAUGACCUUCUCCCAUUCCUCCUCUGGAUCAUCCAGAUGGUCAUUGGCAAACUUCAGAUGGGCCUGGACAUGCGCUGGCUUGAGCAGGGGGACCUUGCGUGCGCUGCAGGAUUUUAAUCCAUGACGGCGUAGUGUGUUACUAAUGGUUUUCUUGAGACUGUGGUCCCAGCUCUCUUCAGGUCAUUGACCAGGUCCUGCCGUGUAGUUCUGGGCUGAUCCCUCACCUUCCUCAUGAUCAUUGAUGCCCCACGAGGUGAGAUCUUGCAUGGAGCCCCAGACCGAGGGUGAUUGACCGUCAUCUUGAACUUCUUCCAUUUUCUAAUAAUUGCGCCAACAGUUGUUGCCUUCUCACCAAGCUGCUUGCCUAUUGUCCUGUAGCCCAUCCCAGCCUUGUGCAGGUCUACAAUUUUAUCCCUGAUGUCCUUACACAGCUCUCUGGUCUUGGCCAUUGUGGAGAGGUUGGAGUCUGUUUGAUUGAGGUUGUGGACAGGUGUCUUUUAUACUGAUAACAAGUUCAAACAGGUGCCAUUAAUACAGGUAACGAGUGGACAGAGGAGCCUCUUAAAGAAGAAGUUACAGGUCUGUGAGAGCCAGAAAUCUUGCUUGUUUGUAGGUGACCAAAUACUUAUUUUCCACCAUAAUUUGCAAAUAAAUUCAUAAAAAAUCCUACAAUGUGAUUUUCUGGAUUUCUUUUCUUAAUUUGUCUGUCAUAGUUGACGUGUACCUAUGAUGAAAAUUACAGGCCUCUCUCAUCUUUUUAAGUGGGAGAACUUGCACAAUUGGUGGCUGACUAAAUACUUUUUUCCCCCACUGUGUAUAUAUAUAGCUAUAUACAAGGAGUACCGGUACAGAGUAAAUGUGCAGGGGUACGAGGCAGUUGAGUUAAUAUGUACAUGUGUAUUAAAAAAUAUAUAUAUUACUCAAACCACCAGCGGGCCGGAUUGAAUUGGCUAAAGGGCCGGACUUGGCCCGCAGGCCGCAUGUUUGACACCCCUGAACUGGGUGCUUUACUAAGUAUUGUAACAUUUGCUUGUUGUAUGUAUCAAAUGAAUAUUAUUCUGGAUUCUAUUUGGCUAUUGCUUCUUUUAUGGAGCUUCUUUAACUGGAAAUUGUAUUUUAAUUUGUUAAUAUCAAGUAUUUCAAAGAGUGUUUGCUGUCUGCAAUUUGAUUAAUAAAAUAUUGAAUUUAAAUGUAUUCUUCACACCUAAAGAUAAGAACCCCUGUCCGAAAUUAUUUUGCAGUGAAUGAAUGCUCUCUGUCUGUGUAUUGUCAUGAAUCUUGCCCUGGAGGCAGAUCUGCAGAGUGGCCACCAGCUGCCACAGCCACGAAGUCAUUAAAUCAGAUUUUAAACCUAACCUUAUCCCUAACCUUACCACACUGUUGACCCUAAUGCCUAACCCUAACCUUAAAUUAAGACCAAAAAGCACAUUUUUAUUUUAAUGAAUUUUUAUGAUAUAGCCAAUUUUGACUUGCAGCUGAACUAUCUAGCGGAAAUCGCUCAGUUCUGUUACCAGGGCAACUAUUUAUGACAAUAAACAUCAACCUGCGCCAGAUGGGCCCUCAAUUUCAAGGCUGGUGUAGCAGUUAACAGUGGCUGCUGUACAUACUGUAUACACCACCCCAGCAUGGGUAACAGUGGCUGCUGUACAUACUGUAUACACCACCCCAGCAUGGGUAACAGUGGCUGCUGUACAUAUACACCACCCCAGCAUGGGUAACAGUGGCUGCUGUACAUACUGUAUACACCACCACAGCAUGGGUAACAGUGGCUGCUGUACAUACUGUAUACACCACCCCAGCAUGGGUAACAGUGGCUGCUGUACAUACUGUAUACACCACCACAGCAUGGGUAACAGUGGCUGCUGUACAUAUACACCACCCCAGCAUGGGUAAAAGUGGCUGCUGUACAUAUACACCACCCCAGCAUGGGUAACAGUGGCUGCUGUACAUAUACACCACCCCAGCAUGGGUAACAGUGGCUGCUGUACAUAUACACCACCCCAGCAUGGGUAACAGUGGCUGCUGUAUAUACUGUAUACACCACCCCAGCAUGGGUAACAGUGGCUGCUGUACAUACUGUAUACACCACCCCAGCAUGGUACCAAUCUGGACCCCACUGCUAUUCUGCAUCUUUAUCCCCCUGUUGUUAACUACUAUUGCUGUCUUAAUAAAGUGACAAUCAUGGGGGAUAUAUAAAUAUAUAUAUAUAUAUAUAUAUAUGUAUGUAUAUAUACAGUGAGGGAAAAAAGUAUUUGAUCCCCUGCUGAUUUUGUACGUUUCCCCACUGACAAAGAAAUUAUCAGUCUAUAAUUCUAAUGGUAGGUUUAUUAAAACAGUGAGAGACAGAAUAACAACAAAAAAAUCCAGAAAAACGCAUGUCAAAAAUGUUAUAAAUUGAUUUGCAUUUUAAUGAAGGAAAUAAGUAUUUGACCCCCUCUCAAUCUGAAAGAUUUCUGGCUCCCAGGUGUCUUUUAUACAGGUAACGAGCUGAGAUUAGGAGCACACUCUUAAAUGGAGUGCUCCUAAUCUCAGUUUGUUACCUGUAUAAAAGACACCUGUCCACAGAAGCAAUCAAUCAAUCAGAUUCCAAACUCUCCACCAUGGCCAAGCCAAAGAGCUCUCCAAGGAUGUCAGGGACAAGAUUGUAGACCUACACAAGGCUGGAAUGGGCUACAAGACCAUCGCCAAGCAGCUUGGUGAGAAGGUGACAACAGUUGGUGCGAUUAUUCGCAAAUGGAAGAAACACAAAAUAACUGUCAAUCUCCCUCGGCCUGGGGCUCCAUGCAAGAUCUCACCUCGUGGAGUUGCAAUGAUCAUGAGAACGGUGAGGAAUCAUCCCAGAACUACACGGGAGGAUCUUGUCAAUGAUCUCAAGGCAGCUGGGACCAUAGUCACCAAGAAAACAAUUGGUAACACACUACGCCGUGAAGGACUGAAAUCCUGCAGCGCCCGCAAGGCCCCCUGCUCAAGAAAGCACAUAUACAGGGCCAUCUGAAGUUUGCCAAUGAACAUCUGAAUGAUUCAGAGGAGAACUGGGUGAAAGUGUUGUGGUCAGAUGAGACCAAAAUCGAGCUCUUUGGCAUGAACUCAACUCGCCGUGUUUGGAGGAGGAGGAAUGCUGCCUAUGACCCCAAGAACACCAUCCCCACCGUCAAACAUGGAGGUAGAAACAUUAUGCUUUGGGGGUGUUUUUCUGCUAACAACUUCACUGAAUCAAAGGGACGAUGGACGGGGCCAUGUACCGUCAAAUCUUGGGUGAGAACCUCCUUCCCUCAGCCAGGGCAUUGAAAAUGGGUCGUGGAUGGGUAUUCCAGCAUGACAAUGACCCAAAACACACGGCCAAGGCAACAAAGGAGUGGCUCAAGAAGAAGCACAUUAAGGUCCUGGAGUGGCCUAGUCAGUCUCCAGACCUUAAUCCCAUAGAAAAUCUGUGGAGGAAGCUGAAGGUUCGAGUUGCCAAACGUCAGCCUCGAAACCUUAAUGACUUGGAGAAGAUCUGCAAAGAGGACUGGGACAAAAUCCCUCUUGAGAUGUGUGCAAACCUGGUGGCCAACUACAAGAAACGUCUGACCUCUGUGAUUGCCAACAAGGGUUUUGCCACCAAGUACUAAGUCAUGUUUUGCACAGGGGUCAAAUACUUAUUUCCCUAAUUAAAAUGUAAAUCAAUUUAUAACAUUUUUGACAUGCGUUUUUCUGGAUUGUUUUGUUGUUAUUCUGUCUCUCACUGUUCAAAUAAACCUACCAUUAAAAUUAUAGACUGAUCAUGUAUUUGUCAGUGGGCAAACAUACAAAAUCAGCAGGGGAUCAAAUACUUUUUUCCCUCAUUGUAUAUAUAUAUAUACAGUGGGGAGAACAAGUAUUUGAUACACUGCCGAUUUUGCAGGUUUUCCUACUUACAAAGCAUGUAGAGGUCUGUAAUUUUUAUCAUAGGAACACUUCAACUGUGAGAGACAGAAUCUAAAACAAAAAUCCAGAAAAUCACAUUGUAUGAUUUUUAAGUAAUUAAUUUGCAUUUUAUUGCAUGACAUAAGUAUUUGAUACAUCAGAAAAGCAGAACUUAAUAUUUGGUACAGAAACCUUUGUUUGCAAUUACAGAGAUCAUACGUUUCCUGUAGGUCUUGACCAGGUUUGCACACACUGCAGCAGGGAUUUUGGCCCACUCCUCCAUACAGACCUUCUCCAGAUCCUUCAGGUUUCGGGGCUGUCACUGGGCAAUACGGACUUUCAGCUCCCUCCAAAGAUUUUCUAUUGGGUUCAAGUCUGGAGACUGUCAUGCUGAUCCCUCACCUUCCUCAUGAUCAUUGAUGCCCCACGAGGUGAGAUCUUGCAUGGAGCCCCAGACCGAGGGUGAUUGACCGUCAUCUUGAACUUCUUCCAUUUUCUAAUAAUUGCGCCAACAGUGGUUGCCUUCUCACCAAGCUGCUUGCCUAUUGUCCUGUAGCCCAUCCCAGCCUUGUGCAGGUCUACAAUUAUAUCCCUGAUGUCCUUACACAGCUCUCUGGUCUUGGCCAUUGUGGAGAGGUUGGAGUCUGUUUGAUUGUGUGGACAGGUGUCUUUUAUACAGGUAACGAGUUCAAACAGGUGCAGUUAAUACAGGUAAUGAGUGGAGAACAGGAGGGCUUCUUAAAGAAAAACUAACAGGUCUGUGAGAGCCGGAAUUCUUACUGGUUGGUAGGUGAUCAAAUACUUAUGUCAUGCAAUAAAAUGCAAAUUAAUUACUUAAAAAUCAUACAAUGUGAUUUUCUGGAUUUUUGUUUUAGAUUCCAUCUCUCACAGUUGAAGUGUACCUAUAAUAAAAAUGACAGACCUCUACAUGCUUUGUAAGUAGGAAAACCUGCAAAAUCGGCAGUGUAUCAAAUACUUGUUCUCCCCACUGUAUAUAUAUAUUUAUUAUUAUUAUUCUAAGAUAUUAUUUUUUACAUUUGUUAGUUUUUUCUUCUUCUUCCAGUGGGCGGAGGGAAGGAUGAAGGCAGAGCAGGAAGCUCCUCCCCCCUCCCCGGGACUGGAGGGUUCGGCGAUCCGGUGUCGGGAAGUGUGUCGGUCGUACGGGAAACUCAAAGUCCUGAGUAACCUCAACUUGACCGUGAAACAGGGAUACAUGUGAGUAAAUAACACUGACACUACAAAAAAAUUCACGCUUAAUGUCCAAAUCAUCUAUAAGUAAGUUCAUUGAGUGACACUAUUACGUUUUAGACAGGGACGGCUUGUUCAAUAGGGCGAUAUGGGCGACGCACUGCCAAACGGGAAAAGGAAGGGAUUUUUUUUCUAAUCAAUUAUAUCACGGCAACAGCAGUUAUCAGUGUUCACGUCUGAUCUGCCAGCCACUAAAUGUCAAAUCAGGCUAAAGUCGUGCUUCAAAUGGCCCCGCCCGUUUUUGGGGCGAUUUCAGUCAAGUUGAAAAUCGCCCAGAAGUCUCUCAUAGCCUGUCAUGUAAAAUCUAUUUUUUUCACAUUUCAAAGCUUUCAAUACAUUCUCUAUGGGUGUCUGUGGGCUUGCACUUACGCGCUUUCGUCAUACGUGACGUAACGUUGAACGUAACUAAGACAAUGGCGGCUAGAAGCGUCUCUGUUGCGACCUGCAGUGCGGCGUUAUUUUAUGUUUUUAAUUUGUAGACUUAGUUUACAAACAUUCUGCCAACCAUGGAUUUCCAGUGGUUGGUUUUGGACUGAUCUUGUUGAUCGUGUACAUACCCGCUACGAACGGACUAAAUAAUGAAAACGCUGCUGGCAGCUGAAUCCCAAUACAGCUGGGAGACUUGGCUGGAUGAGUCCCGGACAGAGAAGUGGAGCCGGCCACCUUCACCCUGGUCAGAGCGGACCGCGAUCCUGGUAAGAGAGCGACUCUGUACCCCGACAUUGAACUGCUUUCUGUGUCAUUGCGACCUUACUAUCAAUUCAAUUCAAUUUAAGGGCUUUAUUGGCAUGGGAAACGUGUGUUAACAUUGCCAAAGCAAGGGAAGUAGAUAGUAAACAAAAGUGAAAUAAACAAUAAAUAUUAACAGUAAACAUUACACUCAGAAGUUUCAAAAGAAUAAAGACAUUUCAAAUGUCAUAUUAUGUAUAUAUACAGUGUUGUUACAAUGUGCAAAUAGUUAAAGUACAAAUGGGAAAAUAAAUAAACAUAAAUAUGGGUUGUAUUUACAAUGGUGUUUGUUCUUCACUGGUUGCCCUUUUCUUGUGGCAACAGGUCACAAAUCUUGCAGCUGUGAUGGCACACUGUGGUUUUUCACCCAGUAGAUAAGGGAGUUUAUCAAAAUUGGGUUUGUUUUCGAAUUCUUUGUGGAUCGCUGUAAUCUGAGGGAAAUAUGUGUCUCUAAUAUGGUCAUACAUUUGGCAGGAGGUUAGGAAGUGCAGCUCAGUUUCCACCUCAUUUUGUGGGCAGUGUGCACAUAGCCUGUCUUCUCUUGAGAGCCAGGUCUGCCUACGGCGGCCUUUCUCAAUAGCAAGGCUAUGGUCACUGAGUCUGUACAUAGUCAAAGCUUUCAUUAAGUUUGGGUCAGUCACAGUGGUCAGGUAUUCUGCCACUGUGUACUCUCUGUUUAGGGCCAAAUAGCAUUCUAGUUUGCUCUGUUUUUUUGUUUGUUCUUUCCAAUGUGUCAAGUAAUUCUCUUUUUGUUUUCUCAUGAUUUGGUUGGGUCUAAUUGUGUUGUUGUUGUUGUUGUUGUUGUUGUCCUGGGGCUGUGUGGGGUCUGUUUGUGUUUGUGAACAGAGGCCCAGGACAAGCUUACUUAGGGGACUCUUCUCCAAGUUCAUCUCUCUGUAGGUGAUGGCUUUGUUAUGGAAGGUUUGGGAAUCGCUUCCUUUUAAGUGGUUACUAUCUGCCCCGUGAGUUCCCCCAAUUGUUUGUUACCGUUGUGUACUGUUGAUAAUCACAAGUUUACUGGAGAACUGAGACCAAGUAGAGACUUUGGACAGGGUGGAUAUGGUAUAAUAAAGGCAGUUUAUUCAGAGGUAAAGAUAUCUGGAAUCGCGUGCACGGACUCGUGCACGUGUGUAGGUCACCUAAAUCAUCAGAAAAAUUGCCCCUCCUGAGAAUUUUUUCAGGAGCCGCCACUGGUUUUAGAUACUUUAUAAUACCUUUGACUUGCAUUGGAUUUGUGCCACAAAUGCUAAAAAGUUAGCAUUUGAAACGAUGGCCAGGUAAACAAAACCAAAAGCAUGGAUUGGUCCAUAGACUGCUUACAGGGCAAGGAACAAGGCCGGAUUACCAAACGGGCACGCAGGGCACGUGCCCCGGGGCCCCCGUUUUGUUUAUAGCUAAAUGUGUAGAAUUGCAGGAAAUUAGCUUUUAAACUGUAAAGUUCUCUCUCAGCCUCACGGCAAAAAGUGUAGAAUUGCAGGAAAUUAGCUUUAAAACAGCAAAAUAUUCUGUCAGCCUCAUGACAAAAUGUUCUGUUAGCCUCAUGACAAAAUGUUCUGUUAGCCUCAUGACAAAAUGUUCUGUUAGCCUCAUGACAAAAUGUUCUGUUAGCCUCAUGACAAAAUGUUCUGUUAGCCUCAUGACAAAAUGUUCUGUUAGCCUCAUGACAAAAUGUUCUGUUAGCCUCAUGACAAAAUGUGUAGAAUAGCAUUAUAUAACUGCACAUUUGUUCAACACAAAAUGUGUUGAAAUCCAGGAAGUUAGCUGUUUUCCAGGACCCCAAAUGCGGUAGUCCGGCCCUGGUAAGGAAACCGAUAUAUCAUUUUGUAAUUUGGGUCUAUCUCUUUAAAGCCUAAUGAUAAUCUAUACCUUUAAACAAGUACACAACAUAAUUGCAUUCUUGCGUUGCGCACUUGCGUAUGGUAUAAAUUAGGCUUCACUUGGAUUUUCACGUGAAUCAUGCAUUGAUGUCAUUGGAAGUUUUAAUGCGAGUUACAAUUAGGAUUCAGACCAUACUGAGUAAUAAAGGUAGCAAUGCUAUCAUGCUAUCAUACUAUAGUACAGGGGUAUUCAACUCUUACCCGACGAGGUCCGGAGCCUGCUGGUUUUCUGUUCUACCUAAUAAAUAAUUGCACACACCUGGUGUCACAGGUCUAAACCAGUCCCUGACUAGAGGGGAUCAAUGAGAAACUUGCUUUGAGGUCCAGAGUUGAGUUUGAGGGCUAUAGUAGAUAUCUAUGGUUUAGCGCUUAUGUGAAAAAAUAAAUACCCAAAAUGCUCUUCUCGCUUAUCUUGCAGCUACGGCCUGCUGGGUCCGAGUGGGUGUGGGAAGACCACACUGUUGAAAUGCAUUCUGGGAACACUGAAGAUCUCCCGAGGGCACAUCAGCGUGUUGGGGAAGCCACCCGCAUUUCCUGGUCACCAGGUCCCUGGGAGGAUGGUGGGGUACAUGCCACAGGUAAACUGUUACCUUAUAGGAACACUACAUACCACAGGUAAACUGUUACCUUAUAGGAACACUACAUACCACAGGUAAACUGUUACCUUAUGGGAACACUACAUACCACAGGUAAACUGUUACCUUAUAGGAACACUACAUACCACAGGUAAACUGUUACCUUAUAGGAACACUACAUACCACAGGUAAACUGUUACCUUAUAGGAACACUACAUACCACAGGUAAACUGUUACCUUAUAGGAACACUACAUAGCACAGGUAAACUGUUACCUUAUAGGAACACUACAUACCACAGGUAAACUGUUACCUUAUAGGAACACUACAUAGCACAGGUAAACUGUUACCUUAUAGGAACACUACAUACCACAGGUAAACUGUUACCUUAUAGGAACACUACAUACCACAGGUAAACUGUUACCUUAUAGGAACACUACAUACCACAGGUAAACUGUUACCUUAUAGGAACACUACAUACCACAGGUAAACUGUUACCUUAUGGGACCACUACAUACCACAGGUAAACUGUUACCUUAUAGGAACACUACAUACCACAGGUAAACUGUUACCUUAUAGGAACACUACAUACCACAGGUAAACUGUUACCUUAUAGGAACACUACAUACCACAGGUAAACUGUUACCUUAUAGGAACACUACAUACCACAGGUAAACUGUUACCUUAUAGGAACACUACAUACCACAGGUAAACUGUUACCUUAUAGGAACACUACAUACCACAGGUAAACUGUUACCUUAUAGGAACACUACAUACCACAGGUAAACUGUUACCUUAUAGGAACACUACAUACCACAGGUAAACUGUUACCUUAUAGGAACACUACAUACCACAGGUAAACUGUUACCUUAUAGGAACACUACAUAGCACAGGUAAACUGUUACCUUAUAGGAACACUACAUACCACAGGUAAACUGUUACCUUAUAGGAACACUACAUACCACAGGUAAACUGUUACCUUAUAGGAACACUACAUACCACAGGUAAACUGUUACCUUAUGGGACCACUACAUACCACAGGUAAACUGUUACCUUAUAGGAACACUACAUACCACAGGUAAACUGUUACCUUAUAGGAACACUACAUACCACAGGUAAACUGUUACCUUAUAGGAACACUACAUACCACAGGUAAACUGUUACCUUAUAGGAACACUACAUACCACAGGUAAACUGUUACCUUAUAGGAACACUACAUACCACAGGUAAACUGUUACCUUAUAGGAACACUACAUACCACGCCAGCCGCACAUUGGUGCGGCUGGCUUCCGGGUUAAGCGAGCAGUGUGUCAAAAAGCAGUGCUGCUUGGCAGGGUCGUGUUUCGGAGGACGCAUGGCUCUCGACCGUCGCCUCUCCUGAGUCCGUACGGGAGUUGCAGCGAUGGGACAAGACUGUAACUACCAAUUGGAUAUCACGAAAUUGGGGAGAAAAAGGGAUAACAAGUACAACAACAAACAUUUAAAAAAAUUAAAAUAAAGGCUACUUCAUAUUCAUCAUGUCCAGCACCACCCCAACAUCAACAUCUCUGAAAAUGGCGCGUUUCUAUGUUUUGUAGAAAUGAUGACGAUGAAAUCAUCAGUGUGCAUCAUGUGAUUUUAGCCAAUUAUGAGCAGGCAUUGCCUACUAAUUGUCUACUUAUCUUCAUCUGUCUUGUUUUACUACAAAACAUAGAAACGAGCCAUUUUCACAUGUGUUGAUGUUGGGGUGGUGCUGGACAUGAUGAAUAUGAAGCUGAACAUUUUUGACAUUUCCCUUUAAGGUAAGGGUUAGGGUUUAGGUUAGGGGUUAGGGUAAGGGUUUAGGGUAGGGGUUAGGGUUUAGGGUAGGGGUUAGGGUUAGGGGUUAGGGGUAAGGGUUUAGGUUAGGGGUUAGGGUUUAGGUUAGGGGUUAGGCUUAGGGUAGGGGUUAGGGUUUAGGUUAGGGUUAGGGUUUAGGGUAGGGGUUAUGGUUAGGGUUUAGGGUAGGAUUUAGGGGUUGGGGUUAGGGUUAGGGUUUAGGGUUAGGGUUAUGGUUUAGGGUAGGGGUUAGGGUUACGGUUACGGUUUAGAGUUAGGUUUAGGGUAGGGGUUAGGGGUAGGGUUUAGGGUAGGGUUUGGGUUUAGGUUAUGGUUUAGGAUAGGGAUUAGUGUUUAGGUUAGGGUUUAGGGUAGGGGUUAGGGUUAGGGUUUAGGAUAGGGGUUAGGGUUUAGGGUAAGGGUUAGGGUUUAGGGCAGGGGUUAGGGUUUAGGGUAGGGGUUAGGGUUUAGGGUAGGGGUUAGGGUUACGGUUUAGGGUAGGGGUUAGGGUAAGAGUUUAGGGUAGGGGUUAGGGUUUAGGGUAGGGGUUAGGGUUAGGAUUUAGGGUAGGGGUUAAGAUUAGGGUUAUGGUUUAGGGUAGAGGUUAGGGGUAGGGUUUAGGGUAGGGGUUAGGGUAGGGGUUAGGGUUUAGGGUAGAGGUUAGGGUUUAGAGUAGGGGUUACGGUUUAGGGUAGGGGUUAGGGUUAGUGUAGGGGUUAGGGUUAGGGUAGGGGUUAAGGUUAAGGUUAGGGUUUAGGGUAGGGGUUAAGGUUUAGGGUAGGGGUUAAUGUUAGGGUUUAGGGUAGGGGUUAAGGUUAAGGUUAGGGUUAUGGUUUAGGGUAGGGAUGUCCCAAGGAGCCCAGAUAGCACUGACCCUUCCCCUAUGGUACAGAAGAGGUAUCUCGUGUUACUGGCCUGCUGUACUAGACUCCUAACUUUGGCCGGGCAUGAGACUCUCCUUUUCAGUUAAAUGAAACCUGGGCAUAAGCAGCACAACUCCACGAGAGGUUCACGCUGCUCAGCGUAAAAUUACGUUCUGGUUCUAUUUCCAAGAUUUCAACUAACAGCUCACAGCCGAACACUUGAUUAACACAACACACCAAAACACAACACACACCAUGACAUAACAUUGUGUUCUCCUUUAGGACCUGGCGUUGUACAAUGAAUUUUCUAUCAGUGACACCCUGACGUUCUUCGGCCGGAUCCACGGCCUGACAACUAUGGACACCCAGGCACGCAUGGACUUCCUGGUGGACUUCCUGGACCUACCUCACAACAGCAGCCUGGUUGGAAAACUCAGGUAACUAGGGUUGCAAAAUUCCAGUAGCUUUCCACAAAUUCCCAGGAUUUCCAGAAACCUUUCGGAGCAUUAUUAACCCGAUGCCCUUUUAUUAGGGAUCAGGCCCUAAGGAGCUGUAAUAAAUCAUACCUCCAUGCUAUCUCCCUUACAACCCUGCAUAUACAGCAUGGUGGUUCCACUAAAUAACUGCCUUUUGCGUCCCUUUGAUAUUUAUAUUUUAAGUAGAAAAUGUGCACCAAUAUUGAAUUUGAAAAGCCUGUGAUAUGAAAUGAAGUGUCCUCUAAUAUAGACCGCAUGGAGAUUUCAAGAAAUCAUUUUUAAUAUGAAUAAAAGCAUACUAAAGUGACAAAAUUCUGAGUUUUUCCGUCAACCCUGUGUCACUUCUAGGAAGAUUUUAACGCACUUAACCCCAACAUUUCUCCAAGUGUCACCAUCAUUGUAAAGCCCUAGUUAAGUUGUUGCUUUGACAAAGUAAUUUCUGAAGAUUAUUAUUUAUUUCAUGUGAUAAGUGAUUCAUUUACGUCUGUCCCUCAUUUUAAGGUCAACCCUGUUUCGUGAACUGACCUCUUUUAAUAUGGUGAAACGAUUCCUUUUAAAAUAUUAUUUUCAAAAUAAUCAUUGAACAUAUAAUAGUCAAAUCAUAGAGUAAAAGCAGGGGAGCUGUUUUGACUCUUUUUAGCCAUUUUCUGGUGUUUUGUGGUGGGAAAUGGCAUGGCAGCAAGACUUUGGGGUGACCAUCGAUCAUUGUGAAUGGGAAGCUAUUCCCACUAAUGUCCCCCCGAAAAUAAUGAGAUUCCAUAAAUAAAUUACAAACUACACCUGUUGUCACAAGUAAAUAUGACCCUGCAUAUUCUGGGGAAUGUCCCAAAUAUAAGCAGCAUUUGGUACUUACGCACAUCUCUUCUGAUACUGUCCUGUAGUUCAUGGUUUAGGGAAAGGGACAUGUCAAACAUUUUGGGCUCUCCAGUGGGUCUUCAUCUCCUCCCCCUGUGCCUAGACUGUCUGAGUCCCAAAUGGCACCACAUCCCCUAUAUAGUGCACUACUUUUGACCAGUGGUGCACUAUAUAGGGAAUAGGGUGCCAUCUGGGACUCAUUAUAUCCCAUUGUGAUCUAGGGGGAAAAGUAGACUACAACCAAGAUAGAUAGAAAGAGAAGGAAACCGUUUCCCCCUGAGUGAGUUUCUGUUUGUGUGUCACAGGCUUCUGUCAUGUAAAAAUGCUGUGGAGUCAGCCCGCCCUGUCUGAAACUAAGUAGGUCAAUGCCAAAAAGAAGGCUCCCUCACUGCCAUCAAAACAACUCCUCAAUGAUCGCUUAUUACUCUUAGAUGUAAAAGUAAGACUACACAGCAAAUUGUCCAGUGUUACCUAGCGUUGAUUUUUCAGUGUAACAUUUCUAGUGUUGAUUCAGGAGUUAAAUUAACACUCAGUGGUGUUAAAUAACCCCAGUGUUGGUGUUAAUAACCAGAGUUGCUGAAAUGGUUGUUCGAGUUUAUUGCUUUAGGUAGUCUGAUAUUUUAGUCUUCCCAACCCUGGCAGUCAUUCACAACGCAGGGGGGGAAUCCCAAUGGGAAUGACACAUCACAGCAUAAUGUGACUUGUAGGCCUGAUGUGGCCUGUAAACCAUGAGUUUCAGAUCACUGUAUUAGGGUAAAAUGAGGUGCUCAAAAUAAGGCCUUAGGAAACGUGUAUUGUAUUGUCUUAAAGGGAUACUUCAGGAUUUUGGCAAUGAGGCCCUUUACGUUUUUUAUGUCUCUGUGUCCAGUAAGAAGGAAGUUAGAGGUAGUUUCGCGAGCCACUAGCGUUAGCACAAUGACUGGAAGUCUAUGGGUAUCUGCUAGCAUUGCCAAAAUCCUGAAGUAUCCCUUUAAAUUAUUUUUAUGUAAUGAUAACAUAUUCACUUAGGACAGGGAUGGGCAACUGGUGGCCCAUGGGCCGUCUGUGGCCCCCCUCUUUUAAAGGCCCUCGGAUAAAAAAAAACUGGGGGGAGGGGGGACUCAGUCGGGGUCUCAACUUACUAUUGCGAGGUAGAAUAGUAGAAUACACAAGGUGCCAUUUAGACAUGUGGUUGAGGAUCAACAGUUUUUCUGUUGUUAUGUCAGUCACUGAUAGUCACUCAGUUAGCCCAUGUCAGCUGACCAUUUUAGAUUGGUAAGUUAGUCUAGCGGCCAUGUGAUGAGGUGUGAAUGACGGAGUCAGGCGCAGGAGGUAAAAACACCGAAAUCCAGAGUUUAUUCAGUGUACAUGAAUAAAGUGCAGUAAGCGUCAAAACGAAACUAGCACAAGGGAAAAAUCCACCUUGGCUACAUACAAGGAAAGAGUAGCUCAACCGAGCUACUCACUCUCACAAUGAACAAUCACUCACAAAGGACAAGGGGGCAGAGGGAACACUUAUACACAGACUAAUGAGGGAAUGAGUACCAGGUGUGUGUGAUUGACAAGACAAGACAAGACAAAUGGAGUGAUGAUAAAUGGAGCGGUAGUGGCUAGUAAGUCGGUGACGACGAACGCCGAAACCUGGCCGAGCAAGGAGGAGGGGCAGCCUCGGCUGGAAUUUGUGACAGGCCAGCUAUCUAAACUUGUAGUAAUCAAGGCCGGGGGCCCCCCCAUUGAUUUUGUAAGUCAGUCUCACUCAGAUAUCAUAUAAAAAACGGCAAACAUUUCUCUCCACCCUACAGCGGAGGACAGAAACGGAGGGUGUCUCUAGGAGCAGCCUUACUUCAAAACCCCCAGUUAUUGAUUCUGGAUGAACCCACAGUCGGGGUGGACCCUGUGCUGAGAGCCAAGUAUGUAUUGACCACACACACACACACACACAUCCAACCAAAGCCAAACUGUGAAAACCCAACUAUUGUACCCAACCUCAUGCCUUCAAAGACCAGCCUCACACCUUUCUCUGAAGAGCCAUGCCGCCUCCUGUUCACACCUUUCUCUGAAGAGCCAUGCCGCCUCCUGUUCACACCUUUCUCUGAAGAGCCAUGCCGCCUCCUGUUACCCUAAAACACAAGUAAACCUGCACUCCUGGGAACAUAUUCACAAAGUGUCUCAGAGUAGGAGUGCUGAUCUAGGAGCAGAACCCCCCUCUUAUUCUUUAUGAUUUAAAAGGCUAAACAGAUCCCAGACCAGCACUCUGAGAUGCUUUAUGGAUAAAGAAAACCCAACCAAAGCAGUGUUUCCCAGGUAAUCCCAGGCAGGUCGUAAGGGUAAGACUGCAUCCCAAAUGCCACCCUAUUCCCUAUGUGGUGAACUACUUUUGACCGGGGCCCAUAGGGUGACCUUUUGGGACACCGACUAAGACAUUGUUAUGGUGGUAAUCAAAUCGUAUCUGCACAAAGUUAGUUUAUUCUUUGUGUGAUGCUGAAAGGUGGUUCACUGAACCGCACUCAUGUGAUGAGUAACCUUGCAUGAGACCUCAAGACCUGCGUUAGCUUCCCAAGCUAAUGCCUAGGCUUUAGCUCAAUGGGAUAUGCAGUCUUGUGGUACGCAGAUGAUCACAUUUGCACACUCUCUCUCUGUAUCUCUUCUGCUCGAGGUACAGUACGACAUUGUCCCAAACAGCACCCCAUUUCUUGUAUAGUGCAAUACUUUUGACCAGAGCCCUGGUUAAAAAAGUGCACUUUAUAGGGAAUAGGAUGCCAUUUGGGACUCCCAAUAGAUGUUGCCCUUAAACUGAGUUGUGUCAUGUCCCUGUAGGAUCUGGCAGCAUCUAGUAGAUAUUGUGAAAACUGGAAAAGUGUCGGUCGUCAUCACCACUCACUACAUAGAGGAGGCCAGGCAAGCCAAUGUGGUAAGACACACACACUCUAUAUAUAUAUAUAUAUAUAGACAACUACCUACUGACAGACAACGACCUGCUGACAGACAACGACCUGCUGACAGACAACGACCUGCUGACAGACAACGACCUGCUGACAGACAACGACCUGCUGACAGACAACGACCUGCUGACAGACAACUACCUACUGACAGACAACUACCUACUGACAGACAACUACCUACUGACAACUACCUACUGAUAGACAUGCCAUAUGUUUUCAUAUCUGCUUAGAGGUUCAUUUGAGCAAACAUUGGUUGUCUCUAUACUGUCUCUAUACUCUAUAACAGUCUCUAUACUGUCUCUAUACUCUAUAACAGUCUCUAUACUGGAUCUAUACUCUAUAACAGUCUCUAUACUGUCUCUAUACUCUACAACAGUCUCUAUACUGGAUCUGGAAUCAAAUGUUUAAUGUUUGGUGACAGUAUAGAAUGUCACCUUUUAUUUGAGUGUAUUUUAAUACAUAUCUGUUUUACCGUAGAGAAAUGAAAGCACUUUAUGUAUCUAGUCCCCCCAUUUAAAGAAGUUCCUUGCACACAAUGACUACAUCAAGCUUGUGACUGUACAAACUUUUUGGAUGCAUUUUAAGUUUGUUUUGGUUUCGUUUCGGAUUACUAUCACGUUUCAGGAGAAGACCCAGAUGCAGACAGUGUCGAAGUAACAAAAGUUUAUUACAAAAACAGGGAGCACGCAAACGACAGGUCAAGGUCAGAGGUCAAGGUCAUCCAGAUCAGAGUCCAAAAGGUACAGAACGGCAGGCAGGAGACAACGGGCUGUGAGACAUGGGUUUGGUCCUAGACACAUGUAAAGUGGGAUGUAUACGGAGGGUACGGGGAAACAGAAGACGAACAGCAGAGGGGCUAAUGAUCUUGGAGAUGAGGAAAGGGCCGAUAAACCGGGGGGAAAAUUUGCGGGACUCCACCUGGAGGGGCAGAUCUCGGGUGGACAGCCAUACCUUCUACCCGAGAUGAUACCGGGGAGCCGAGGUCCGGUGGUGGUCCGCUUUUUGUCGAUACCUGGAGGUGGUCUUGAGAAGAGCCGACUGGGCUGUCCUCCAGGUACGACGACAGCGGCGGACAAACAUCUGGACCGAGGGUAUGCCGACCUCUUCCUCUUGCUCUGGGAAGAGUGGGGGCUGAUAACCAAGGGAACACUCAAAGGGUGAAAGACCCGUGGCAGAGCAGGGAAGGGUGUUGUGGGCGUAUUCGACCCACACUAGUUGCUGGCUCCAGGUGGUGGGGUUGGCGGAGACCAGGCAGCGCAGAGUCGUCUCCAGGUCUUGGUUAGCUCGUUCCGACUGGCCGUUGGACUGAGGGUGGAAACUGGAGGAUAGGCUGGCCGACGACCCAAUGAGUGUGCAGAACACCUUCUAGAACCGGGACGAGAACUGAGGACGCCGGUCGGAGACCAUGUCCACUGGGAGUCCAUGGAUCUGGAAGACGUGCUGCACCAUGAGCUGGGCCGUCUCUUUGGCGGAGUGGGCGGCUUUGGAAAACCAGUCCAUAACUGUCAGGAUGGUAGUAUUGCCAUCAGACGGGGGAAGACCCGUGACAAAGUCCAGGGAUAUGUGAGACCAGGGACGGUGAGGAACAGGCAGAGGUUGGAGGAGACCAGCCGGAGCUUGCAGAGGAGUCUUGUUCUGCGCACAGAUCAUGCAGGCGGCGAGGAACGCGGAGACGUCAGGAACCAUGGUAGACCACCAAAAGCGUUGUCACACAAAGGCCAGGGUCCGACGGGAGCACGGGUGGCAGGCCAGCCUGGAGGGGUGGGCCCACUCCAGGACUGAGGAGUGGACAGCGUCAGGAACAAACAUCCGGUUAUCUGCCCCCCCCCCCCCCCUCUAUUCCCUCUAUGCCGUCACCAAGCACGAGGUGGGAAGGAUGGUCUCAGAUUCCGGGGGUGUAGCCGCGGGGCUAUAGCGGCGUGACAGCGCAUCUGGCUUGACAUUCUUGGAUCCCGGUCGGGAUGAGAGGGAGAAGUUGAACCGGGUGAAAAGCAGGGCCCACCUAGCUUGCCUGGAAUUGAGACGCUUGGCGGUGUGGAGAUAUUGCAAGUUCAAUGAACAGAUGCUCCGCCCCCUCCAGCCAGUUCCUCCACUCUUCCAACGCCAUCUUCACCGCGAGAAGCUCACGAUUCUCCACAUCGUAAUUCCUCGCCGUGGUGUUGAUGCGAUGGGAGAAGAAGGCGCAGGUUGUAAUUUGAGGUCCAGGGCCGAACGCUGGGACAGGACCACCCCCAACUCCGACAUCCGAAGCAUCGGCCUCCACCAUGAACUGGCGGGACGGCCGUCAGGAUGAACCAAGAUGGGAGCAGUGGUGAAACGGUGUUUGAGGUCCCGGAACGCCCGGUCAGCAGCUGGGGACCAUGUGAACGGAACCUUGGGAGAGGUGAGUGCAGACAAGGGGGAGGCCAGGGUGCUGUAACCUCGGAUAAAGCGGAGAUAAAAGUUGGCGAACCCCAGGAAACGUUGCAGCUGGACUCUGGAUGUAGGCUGGGGCCAAUCCACUACCGCUCUCACCUUCCCAGGAUCCACUUCCUGCUGCGAUGAUGUAGCCCAGGAAGGGGAUGGUGGAGCGAUGGAAUUCUAAUUUCUCUGCUUUCACAAAAAGCUGGUGCUCCAGGAGGCGUUGGAGGACCUGUCGGACAUGGAGCACGUGUUCUUGUGGUCCUCUGUAGCUCAGCUGGUAGAGCACGGCGCUUGUAACGCCAAGGUAGUGGGUUCAAUCCCCGGGACCACCCAUACACAAAAAUGUAUGCACGCAUGACUGUAAGUCGCUUUGGAUAAAAGCGUCUGCUAAAUGGCAUAUUAUUAUUAUUAUUAUUAUUAUUAUUAUUCUUGGGCGGAGCGGGAGAAGACAAGGAUGUCGUCGAGGUAGACAAAGACGAACCGAUUCAACAUGUCACGGAGAACAUCAUUAACCAGGGCCUGGAAUAGAGCUGGAGCAUUGAAGAAACCUGCGCCGGCGGGGAAGGCAGAUGGACGGAUGAACCCGGCAGCUAGGGAGUCCUCAAUGUAGGUCUCCAUAGCCUUGGUCUCCGGACCCGACAGCAAGUACAGUCGUCCCCGGGGCGGAGUGGUGCCUGGGAGAAGAUAGAUUCCGCAGUCGGAGGGUCGGUGCAGCAGAAGCGAAGUGGCCCGGGCAUUACUGAACACCUCCCGGAGGUCCUGGUACUCUGCGGGAAUGGCAGAGAGGUCUGAGGCAACUCGCUCCUACCGGUGAGCCUGGUCUUUUAGUGGACAGGUGGAUACAAAAUGACCAGUCGUCCCGCAAUACAGACAACUCUUCGUGUGAAGCCUGUAUUGCCGUUCGGCUGGAGACAGCCUAGCUCUGCCUAGUUGCAUCGGCUCGGGAAGAGGUGAAUCGACAGACUUCGGGGACUUCCGGGAUGCCUCGGAGGCGAGGUGGAAUCCUUCCUCUCCUUCCUUCGUUCCCGUAGUCGCCCAUCGAUCCGAAAGGUCAAGGCGAUGAGCGAGUCGAGAUCAGUCGGUAGUUCCCGGGCUGCAAGCUCGUCCUUUACUUCCUCCAAUACUCUGUGCAGGAACAUGUCGAACAGCGCUUCUGGGUUCCAGGCACACUCAGCUGCCAACAUGCGGAAAUCCACUGCAUAGUCUGCCACACUGCGGGAUUGUUGCCGAAGCUGGAGUAACUUCCGGGCAACCUCACUCCCGGACAAUGGAGCAUCGAAAACCUUCUUUACCUCCUGCAUGAACUCCUCCAGACUGAAGCAUACGGCCGACUGUUGUUCCCACACUGGCGUAGCACAGGCGAGAGCCCUCCCGGACAUCAGCGUGAUGAGGUACGCCAUCUUAGAGCGGUCCGAGGGGAAGGAGGAGGGCUGCAGCUCGAUGUUGAGCGAACACUGAGCGAGAAAUGCCCGACAAGUUCCUGACUCUCCAGCGAAGCGUUCUGGGGGAGGUAAGCGGGGUUCUCGGGAAACCGGGGUGGCCGGGGAGGCCACACUGCUAAUAGCUGGGUUACUGAGGGGCUGGGAGGUUAUCGUCGUGGUAGGCUGCCUAACAGACAACCCGCGGAAUUGCUCCAGCAAUGUGUUAAAUGCCCUUCCAUGAGACCACGAAGCAACUCCUUUUGCCUUCCAAUGAUGGCUCCUUGGGAGGAGAUGGCGUUGCGGAGCUGGUCCGAGUCUGCCUUUGUCAGUCAUGGCCAGUUCGUACUAUCAUGUUUCAGGAGAAUACCCAGAUGCAGACAGUGUCAAAGUAACAAAGGUUUAUUACAAAAACAGGGGGCAGGCAAACGACAGGUCAAGGGCAGGCAGAGGUCAGUAACCCAGAUCAGAGUCCAAAAGGUACAGAAUGGCAGGCAAGCUCAGGGUCAGGGCAGGCAGAAUGGUCAAAACUAGAAAACAGGAACUUGAGAAAGACAGGAGCAAGGGGAAAAACGCUGGUAGGCUUGACGAAACAAAACGAACUGGCAACAGACAAACAGAGAAUACAGAUGGGGAAGAUGGGCAACACCUGGAUGGGGGUGGAGACAAUCACAAAGACAGGUGAAACAGAUCAGGGUGUGACAAUUACAUUUUGACCAAUAGGAAAGUUGACAUGAUGACUGGUAAUGAGCCAAGCCUUCAUAUUUAUACCAUGAGCCAGAGACCUUACCUGUCACAAUAAACCUGUCCUCACCUGUCAAACUAAAACCAGUCCUACCAGUACAAAUAUUUUAUGACUAAGGCUAUCUCUUAAUUCAUCUUUCCUUGAUUCCUCACAUUCUCUCUCCUCGCCUCCUUCCUCAAAACUCCAUUUGGAAUGACCCUGCUGUUUUCUAUCUCUCCAGGUGGGUCUGAUGAGGAAUGGCCGACUGUUGGCCGAGGGGGAACCAGAAACCUUGAUGAAACAGAACAGUGCUGCAGUGAGUAGCUAACAACAUUGUAUACUAUUUACUUUUACGAAGAUUCUGUACAUUUCUCACUUUAUUCAGACAGUUGGAAACAGAGGGGUGAGACAGGGGGACAGGCAAGCGGGAGUACAGGAGGAAGGGUGGAAGCGGGGAUUGAACGGCGGUAUAUAUUAGAGUAUAUUAUAUGUGACUGAUGCCAGGAGUGUCACCACUAGACAACCGGCUCUGCAGGCAGUAGCCCUACAUUGACCCUAUUGCUUCCCCUACCAUCCACCCACCCACUGCAGACUCUGGAGAAAGCUUUCCUACAGCUGUGUGAGAUGUCUGACUGUUGACUGCUUUCCCAGUAGGCAAAAUUAUAUUGAAAAGACGUCUAAAAAAACGUAUUUUCCAGACGUUAAAGCUUUGUUCAUUUUAGGUUCUGAAUGAAAGGUGAAAAUACAUAUUUUCCGGACUUUUAAAAUACGUAUUUUCCGGACGCUGAAAAGUCUUAUUUUCCGGAAGUGGAAUUCGGGUUCAUUUUCGGUUCUAAAUUAAAGUUGAAAAUAUGUAUUUCCGGAUGUUGAAAAUACGUAUUAUCCGGACGUUGAAAAUAUGUAUUUUCCGGACAGUUCUGAAUGAGUUGAAGAAACGUAAUUUUGGUCAUUGAUUUAAACUGCACAUACUGUACAUUCUCAAUUAAGUUAGCAUUAUACCAGAAUAAUACUUUUGUUAUCCAUUUAAUGUAAGAAAGAGGAGCCAACUGAAGAUGGCAACAUAGAAUAUUUCUUAUUGCUCCAAUCUGUCAUGGUCACUUAUGUUAGCUUUUUCAAAAGCUUUAAAACUGGCAGCAAUGACAUUUCAAAGUAGUCCAACAAAUGGAAUAAAGCAACAGACCACUUCGACUACAAUAACAUUCUCAGUAACGGUUACAUAAAUGUUUUUUUUCUUGCUAUGACUUUGAUAUGUUGUUGUUUAUCUACCAUAGUUGAAUGCACUGACUGUAAGUCACCCUGGAUAAGAGCGUCUGCUGAAUGACCAAAAUGUUCAUGUUAAUGUUAAUUAUUCUAAUGCACUCCGCCCCAAAAGAAGUACACAUUUGGUUGGUCCGGACCAGACAAAUCAUAGACGUCUAGGCUAUGUUUCAAAAGUUUGAACAGCACAGUACAGUAUGGCACAGUUCAGUACAGUAGAGCACAGUACAGUACGGUACGGAGUACAGUAGUCUAAUUCAGUACAGUAGAGUACAGUACAGUUUAAUUCAGUAGAGUAGAGCACAGUACAGUUUAAUUCAGUACAGUAGAGUACAGUACAGUUUAAUUCAGUAGAGUACAGUAGUUUAAUUCAGUACAGUAGAGUACAGUACAGUACGGUAUGGAGUACAGUAGUUUAAUUCAGUACAGUAGAGUACAGUACAGUACGGUAUGGAGUACAGUAGUUUAAUUCAGUACAGUAGAGUACAGUACAGUUUAAUUCAGUAGAGUACAGUAGUUUAAUUCAGUACAGUAGAGCACAGUACAGUACAGUAUGGAGUACAGUAGUUUAAUUCAGUACAGUAGAGUACAGUACAGUUUAAUUCAGUAGAGUACAGUAGUUUAAUUCAAUACAGUAGAGUACAGUACAGUUUAAUUCAGUAGAGUACAGUAGUUUAAUUCAGUACAGUAGAGUACAGUACAGUUUAAUUCAGUAGAGUACAGUAGUUUAAUUCAGUACAGUAGAGUACAGUACAGUUUAAUUCAGUAGAGUACAGUAGUUUAAUUCAGUACAGUAGAGUACAGUACAGUUUAAUUCAGUAGAGUACAGUUUAAUUCAGUACAGUAGAGAACAGUCUAAUUCAGGAGAGUAGAGUACAGUACAGUUUAAUUCAGUACAGUAGAGUACAGUACAGUUUAAUUCAGUAGAGUACAGUAGUUUCAUUCAGAAGAGUACAGUAGUUUCAUUCAGUAGAGUACAGUAGUUUCAUUCAGUACAGUAGAGUACAGUAGAGUUUAAUUCAGUACAGUAGAGUACAGUUUAAUUCAGUAGAGUACAGUAGUUUAAUUCAGUACAGUAGAGUACAGUACAGUUUAAUUCAGUACAGUACAGUACUGUGCUCUACUGUACUAAACGACUUUUCUUUCAUGUACUGUACUCUGCUGUGUAAAAUGUACUGUACUCUGUUGUGCUAUACUGUACUGUAAAGUACUGUACUCUGCUGUGCUCUACUGUACUGUAAAGUACUUUACUCUGCUGUGCUUAACUGUACUGCGCUAUCCAAACUAGUAAAACAUAGAUGUCUAUGAUUGGUUCAGAUUUGGUCCGGUCCAAACCUGUCCAAAAAUGAAUGUCCGUGGACGUUGAAAUCAAGGCCGGUCUGGACAGCACAAAAAAAGACGACUUAGUUGGUUCUGUGUUGACCACUUACAGUGAGGGGGAAAAAGUAUUUGAUCCCCUGCUGAUUUUGUACGUUUGCCCACUGACAAAGACAUGAUCAGUCUAUAAUUUUAAUGGUAGGUUUAUUUCAACAGUGAGAUACAGAAUAACAACAACAAAAUCCAGAAAAACGCAUGUCAAAAAUGUUAUAAAUUGAUUUGCAUUUUAAUGAGGGAAAUAAGUAUUUGACCCCUCUGCAAAACAUGACUUAGUACUUGGUGGCAAAACCCUUGUUGGCAAUCACAGAGGUCAGACGUUUCUUGUAGUUGGCCACCAUGAUGCACACAUCUCAGGAGGGAUUUUGUUCCACUCCUCUUUGCAGAUCUUCUCCAAGUCAUUAAGGUUUCGAGGCUGACGUUUGGCAACUCGAACCUUCAGCUCCCUCCACAGAUUUUCUGGCUAGGCCACUCCAGGGCCUUAAUGUGCUUCUUCUUGAGCCACUCCUUUGUUGCCUUGGCCGUGUGUUUUGGGUCAUUGUCAUGCUGGAAUACCCAUCCACAACCCAUUUUCAAUGCCCUGGCUAAGGGAAGGAGGUUUUCACCCAAGAUUUGACGGUACAUGGCCCCGUCCAUCGUCCCCUUGAUGCGGUGAAGUUGUCCUGUCCCCUUAGCAGAAAAACACCCCCAAAGCAUAAUGUUUCCACCUCCAUGUUUGACGGUGGGGAUGGUGUUCUUGGGGUCAUAGGCAGCAUUCCUCCUCCUCCAAACACGGCGAGUUGAGUUGAUGCCAAAGAGCUUGAUUUUGGUCUGAUCUGACCACAACACUUUCACCCAGUUCUCCUCUGAAUCAUUCAGAUGUUCAUUGGCAAACUUCAGACGGCCCUGUGUAUGUGCUUUCUUGGUCAGGGGGACCUUGCGGGCGCUGCAGGAUUUCAGUCCUUCACGGCAUAGUGUGUUACCAAUUGUUUUCUUGGUGACUAUGGUCCCAGCUGCCUUGAGAUCAUUGACAAGAUCCUUCCGUGUAGUUCUGGGCUGAUUCCUCACCGUUCUCAUGAUCAUUGCAACUCCACGAGGUGAGAUCUUGCAUGGAGCCCCAGGCCGAGGGAGAUUGACAGUUCUUUUGUGUUUCUUCCAUUUGCGAAUAAUCGCACCAACUGUUGUCACCUUCUCACCAAGCUGCUUGGCGAUGGUCUUGUAGCCCAUUCCAGCCUUGUGUAGGUCUACAAUCUUGUCCCUGACAUCCUUGGAGAGCUCUUUGGUCUUGGCCAUGGUGGAGAGUUUGGAAUCUGAUUGAUUGAUUGCUUCUGUGGACAGGUGUCUUUUAAACAGGUAACAAGCUGAGAUUAAGAGCUCUCCCUUUAAGAGUGUGCUCCUAAUCUCAGCUCGUUACCUGUAUAAAAGACACCUGGGAGCCAGAAAUCUUUCUGAUUGAGCGGGGGUCAAAUACUUAUUUCCCUCAUUAAAAUGCAAAUCAAUUUAUAACAUUUUUUACAUGUGUUUUUCUGGAUUUUUGUUGUUGUUAUUCUGUCUCUCACUGUUCAAAUAAACCUACCAUUAAAAUUAUAGACUGAUCAUUUCUUUGUCAGUGGGCAAAUGUACAAAAUCAGCAGGGGAUCAAAUACUUUUUUCCCUCACUGUAUCAUAUCAACCCUUGACUGUGUUAUAAGUGUGUGUUGUUCAACUGACUGUGUUGUCUAUCUCCCCUGCUGCCCCAUCCACCCACUGCAGACCCUGGAGAAAGCCUUCCUGCAGCUGUGUGAGACCUCAGACCAGGUGAGCUCCAAACACUGCACCUACCCUCAGGGCGGGGUUCUAGAGAGCAGCCAAUCACUCGAGGGCGGCCCGGAAGAGAGUCUGCCAAUCCUGGGUGUCGGGCCGGGACCAGUAGAAGAGCUGCCCAAAUACUCAGGUAAAUGUAGGAUUGCAAUAUUCCGGAAACUUUCUCGAUAAUUCCUAGGUUUUCCGGAAAUCCCAGUUGGAGGAUUUCAGGAUUCCUGGUUGGAGGAUUCCCUCCUAGCUUACUCUCUUCUGAUUACGGAAAUCAUGAUGACAUUGGAUAAUUUGACUUUUCUCUGGAAACUGAUACCAUAACUACAGUGUUUCAGCUAUUGUCUUUGAUUUCCUAAGAUAUUUGAUACUGUGUGUGUGUGUGUGUGUGUGUGUGUGUUGGGUUUUACUAUCCUUGUCAGGACCAGAAGUCCUCACAAGGAUAGUAAAACAAGGAACAUUUGGACAAGUGGAGACAUUUCGUCAGUAAAAAGGCUAUUUUAGGGGUUAGGUUUAGGGUUACAAUUAGGGUUAGGGUUAGAACUAGGGUUAGCGGUUAGGAGUUAGGGUUGGGUUAGGGGUUAGGGGUUUUGGGUUCAGGUAAGGGUUAGGUUAAGGGUUAGGGUUAGGGAAAAUAGGAUUUUGAAUGGGAAUCAAUUGUUUGUUCCCCACAAGGAUAGUAAAACAAACGUGUGUGUGUGUGUGUGUGUGUGUGUGUGUGUGUGUGUGUGUGUAGCGGACUGGAAGGUACGAGUCAGGCAUGUGAUGCCAAAGUGGAGGAACAUCGCAGCUCUGAUUAUCAAGACCACGGUGAGGAUGAAGAGGAUGCCCGGGUGAGGAGGAUGAUGAGGAUGAGGAUUCAUUAAAGGAUUAGAAUGAGCUGGAGGAAGGCAGACAGGAUGAUGAUGAGGAUGAUGAUCCCGGAAUCUUCCAACCACAAUUUCUGGAAUACCUGGGAAUUCUGGGAAAAGUUGGCAGAAUUUUGCAAACCUAGUCUGAUUGCAUUGUAUCUGUCCAGGUCCCUGUUUUUCCAGUUCCUGCUGCCAGUCAUGCAGAUCUCUCUGAUGUGUCUGUGUAUCGGAGGAGACCCCAAAGGAAUACAGGUGGCUGUGGUCAACAAUGAGACCUCCUCCAGCUCCUUCAGCCAAUCCCUGCUCUCCUUCCUGGACAACUCAAGCGUGCAACAGGUACUGGACCAAUCGGUUGUUAGUUAGUCAGAGAGACUUAGGAUCAGCUUCCCCUCUCCCAAUACUAAUUAAAACCAAAAAAAAUCUAUGUUGUGUGUUUAGUUAUUACAGUACGGUGAAACAGUUUGAGUAGAUGGCAUAUGGCACAGGGUCUUCUAUCUACCACACUGGAGUCCUGGUCAGAUGUAGUGCACUAGAUGGACCCAAUAGGGUGUAAUUUAAGACCUAGCCAUAGUCACUGAGGGUGUCCCCUGUCCCUCCCUGCCCUAGGUGAACCUGUCCCAUAGUCACUGAGGGAGUCCCCUGUCCCUCCCUGCCCUAGGUGAACCUGUCCCAUAGUCACUGAGGGUGUCCCCUGUCCCUCCCUGCCCUAGUUAAACCUGUCCCAUAGUCACUGAGGGUGUCCCCUGUCCCUCCCUGCCCUAGGUGAACCUGUCCCAUAGUCACUGAGGGUGUCCACUGUCCCUCCCUGCCCUAGGUGAACCUGUCCCAUAGUCACUGAGGGUGUCCCCUGUCCCUCCCUGCCCUAGGUGAACCUGUCCCACGCCGAGGCUUUUGCAGGGGCCUAUAACGGAGAGUACUGGGGCGUCAUCGGGUUUGGAAAGAAUUUCACCAGCUACCUGACCAAGAGGUGAGCCCUACCUCUGGACCUGUCUCUUGUCUUGUCUCAUCUUCUCCCCUUGUUCUUCUGUUCUGUUCUCCUCUCUUCUGUUCUCCUCUCUUCUGUUCUCUUCUGUUCUGUUCUCUUCAGUUCUGUUCUAAUUUGUUCUCUUGUUCUCCUCUCCUCUUACCUCUUCUAUCUCUUCUCUUAAAUCACUGUCCAUGACGUGUGAUGCUGUUGAACCUUAAGGCCACCAGUGUCUAGAUUCUUCCCUAGAGCUUAAUGGGAACCUGUGCACCUUCCAGCUGCCAAUGUGACAAAGCAUUCCACUGUCUUGCACACACACACGGACACACACACGGACACACGGACACACACACACACGGACACACACACAGUGAUGUAAACAAGGCAUCUAACAUGUGAUGAUGACUAUCUGUGGUGAGGAAGGGUACAGUAAUAUAUCUUCAGGAGCCAAUCACAGCACUACAGUCACCAGUAUGUCUGUCUGUGUCAGUGUGUAUCUGCAUGCAUGCCUCUACACGUGUGUGUGCGCGCGUGCACGUGUGUGUGCGCGCGUGCACGUGUGUGUCUUACAUCAGCCGUGAAGUGGAAAGUCUGGUCUUGCCUGUCGAUCAGGGUCACACACACCUAGCUAGCUUACUGCAUGCACACACACACACACACACACACACACACACAGUCUUGUACAACUAACCUUGUGGGGACACACAAUUCAGUCCCAUUCAAAAUCCUAUUUUUCCCUAACCCCUUACACUAAACCUAACCCUAACCCUAACCUUAACCCGAAAACCUAACCUUAACCCUAAACCUUACCCAAGCUUCUAACCUUGAAACUAACCCCAGCUCCUAACCCUAACCCUAAACCUAAUUCUAACCCUAACACUAAUUCUAACCUUAACCCUAAACCCCCUAGAAAUAGCAUUUGACCUUGUCGGGACUAACAAAAUGUCCCCAGUUGGACAAAUGUUUGUUUGUUUACUAUUCUUGUGGGGACUUCUGGUCCCCCACAAGUAUAGUUAAACACAUCCACACACACACACACACACACACACACACACACACACACACACACACACACACACACACACACACACACACACACACACAGUGUUCUGUAUCAUGUCUCUGUGGUGUGUGUUGUAUUGUACAGGAUCCUUACUGGAUCAUGUCUCUGUUCUGUGGUGUGUGUUGUAUUGUGCAGGAUGAUCCAGCGCCAGGUCUCUAAGGAGGUAGUGGAUGGAGGGUCGGCGCACGUCUGGCUGGACCUGACCAGUAAGCUCUCACUCCGCAGUCUGCAUUAAAGGACUAUUGGCAUGUAAAAGUGUUCCAGAAUGUACCUUCAAAUAGAGUAGAAUACAAUACUGAUAGAAUAGAAUAGAAUACUGAUAGAAUAGAAUAGAAUAGAAUGCUGAUAGAAUAGAAUAGAACACUGUUAGAAUAGAAUACAAUAGAAUGCUGAUAGAAUAGAACACGGUUAGAAUAGAAUAGAACACUGUUAGAAUAGAAUAGAACACUGUUAGAAUAGAAUAGAACAAUGUUAGAAUAGAAUAGAACACUGUUAGAAUAGAAUAGAACACUGUUAGAAUAGAAUAGAAUGCUGAUAGAAUAGAAUAGAAUAGAACACUGUUAGAAUAGAAUAGAAUGCUGAUAGAAUAGAAUAGAACACUGUUAGAAUAGAAUAGAAUGCUGAUAGAAUAGAAUAGAAUAGAACACUGUUAGAAUAUAAUAGAAUAGAACACUGAUAGAAUAGAAUAGAAUAGAAUGCUGAUAGAAUAGAAUAGAACACUGUUAGAAUAGAAUAUAAUAGAAUGCUGAUAGAAUAGAACACUGUUAGAAUAGAAUAGAACACUGUUAGAAUAGAAUGCUGAUAGAAUAGAAUAGAACACUGUUAGAAUAGAAUAGAACACUGUUAGAAUAGAAUAGAACACUGUUAGAAUAUAAUAGAAUGCUGAUAGAAUAGAAUAGAAUAGAACACUGUUAGAAUAGAAUAGAAUGCUGAUAGAAUAGAAUAGAACACUGUUAGAAUAGAAUAGAAUGCUGAUAGAAUAGAAUAGAAUAGAGCACUGUUAGAAUAUAAUAGAAUAGAAUGCUGAUAGAAUAGAAUAGAAUAGAAUAGAACACUGUUAGAAUAGAAUGCUGAUAGAAUAGAAUAGAAUAGAACAAUGUUAGAAUAGAAUGCUGAUAGAAUAGAAUAGAAUAGAACACUGUUAGAAUAGAAUAGAAUAGAAUGCUGAUAGAAUAGAACACUGUUAGAAUAGAAUAGAAUAGAAUGCUGAUAGAAUAGAAUAGAUAGUUUGGCUGUGAAAUUGACCACUAGGUGGUAGUGUAACUGUUUUACAAUACUGUGUGGGUCUUCUGAAUGAUGGCUCAUCUCCCAAAUGAUGGAAAUGGCUUUUGAAUGCUUUUCAGAGUAGAUGAUUGAUUGGUUUUAUUCCAUAUACUGUAAAUGUUCAAAUCAAUUAAAUGGAUCAAACAUUUUUCAAGUGAUGAUAGUUAGACUUAUGGUGACAUUGUUUUAACCUUUUAAUGUAUUUUCUACAGAUCGACAAAUCGCCUUAAUGCUUCAGAAAAAAAUUCACGAUGCCUUUGAGGUACACCAGAGUUCCCUUUUCUUUAUCUUGUUAUUAGAUGACAAAUGAUAAUGUUUUAGAUGAGUUAUUUGACUUUGAGUGUUAGUGUUAUUAUUUCUAUGGCUUCUGCCUCUCUGUUCCCUCCUCAGGGUUUCGUCCAGAAUAAGAUGGGUAGCAAGUCUUACCUGCUCUCUCUUCCUGUCAAGGUAUGACAAUCCCCUUAAAACCCUGCUGCGUCCCAAAUGGUCCAUAGGGCUGUGGUCAAAAGUAGUGUCCUAUGUAGGAUAUAGGGUGCCAUUUGGGAUGCAGACCCUAUGUUGAUAGUAUUUUGCCAUCCACAUCCACUAGCCUUGCUAGUUUCUGAUAUAGACAAGUUGUUGUCUUCCCAAGACCACAAUGUAACCAGUAUUGUUGAAUGUAUAUGUUUUAUCCAUUCCUGAUGAAUACACAGAUGUACUGUGCAUAGGGAGAAAAUAUUUCACUCACUAUUUCUGUGUCACAUUUCUCAUUUUUGAACACCUUUUGCUCACUAUUUCUCUUUGUCACGUUUCUCUUUCCAGUUUGAGGAGCCCAUCUAUGGCAGCCUGAACUCAGACUUCACCACGUUUGUGACACCAGGAGCCGUUCUGAGGUAGAGAUUCAGUCCACGUCUGAACCUAGUCAGCAUUACUGAGACAAAGAUGAUAACCUGUUAAGAUAAUGUAUGUCAUGGUUUCCCUCCUCUCUCUCUCUCUCUCUUUCUUUUUUUCUCGUCUUCUUUUUCUUUCUCGGGCAUUUCCGCUCUCUACUGAGAGAGCGAGAGAUGACAGAGAUAGCCCUUCGCGAGAGAAUCUGCUAUCUAUUCGCUUAAUCUGCUCGUCUCGUCUGAUCGUCUUCUCUCUUCUGUCUCCCUGGCGCGUGCGCUGCGGCAUCUCGCUAGGAAGAAAUCUAAUUUUGUCUCUCUCAAUUACCUUUCUCGACCUCUCUGCAAGGAGAGUCGCGCUAUCAUCUCCCCUCCCUCCUCAUAUCUCUUCCACUCAAUUCUUAUCUCCGCUUCUCUCCUCCCUUCUCUCUCUCUCUCCCCUCCCCUAUUCUUCUCUCUCUCUCCCCCCCCUCCCUUCUUAUCUCUCUCCCCCUCCCUCCCUUCUCUCUCUACACAGCAUCACUUUCUACCUGGCAGUGGGCUUGACUGCUCUGUCCUUCGUGAUCGAGAGGAAGGAGGGGCUAAUGGAAAGGUGCUGGGUCUCAGGUAAGAGGUUAAAGUUCACACAGCGGGUAACAAAAUGGCACCCCUUUUCCCUAUUUAGUGCACAAAUUCUGACCAUGCCGAAGCGUCCCAAAUGGCCUACUUUUCACCAGGGUUGAGGCGUCACAAAUAGCACCCUAUAGAGGGCUUGCAAGUACUAGACAUACUACAGUACUUGACUAGACAUCAGGAUAGAUAAUAAUAAGGUAUUUGAGAUAGAUAUGUACAUGAAGGCAGGUGACUAGACAUCAGGAUAGAUAAUAAUAAGGUAUUUGAGAUAGAUAUGUACAUGAAGGCAGGUGACUAGACAUCAGGAUAGAUAAUAAUAAGGUAUUUGAGGUAGAUAUGUACAUGAAGGCAGAUGACUAGACAUCAGGAUAGAUAAUAAAAAGAUAUUUGAGGUAGAUAUGUACAUGAAGGCAGGUGAGUAGACAUCAGGAUAGAUAAAAUAAGGUUUUUGAGAUAGAUAUGUACAUGAAGGCAGGUGACUAGACAUCAGGAUAGAUAAUAAUAAGGUAUUUGAGGUAGAUACAGUGGGGAGAUUUGAUACACUGCCGAUUUUGCAGGUUUUCCUACUUACAAAGCAGGUCUGUAAUUUUUAUCAUAGGUACACUUCAACUGUGAGAGACGGAAUCUAAAACAAAAAUCUAGAAAAUCACAUUGUAUGAUUUUUAAGUAAUUCAUUUGCAUUUUAUUGCAUGACAUAAGUAUUUGAUCACCUACCAACCAGUAAGAAUUCCGGCUCUCACAGACCUGUUAGUUUUUCUUUAAGAAGCCCUCCUGUUCUCCACUCAUUACCUGUAUUAACUGCACCUGUUUGAACUCGUUACCUUUAUAAAAGACACCUGUCCACACACUCAAUCAAACAGACACCAACCUCUCCAUAAUGGCCAAGACCAGAGAGCUGUGUAAGGACAUCAGGGAUAAAAUUGUAGACCUGCACAAGGCUGGGAUGGGCUACAGGACAAUAGGCAAGCAGCUUGAUGAGAAGGCAACAACUGUUGGUGCAAUUAUUAGAAAAUGGAAGAAGUUCAAGAUGACGGUCAAUCAUCCUCGGUCUGGGGCUCCAUGCAAGAUCUCACCUCGUGGGGCAUCAAUGAUCAUGAGGAAGAAGAAGGAUGAGUACAACCCCAAGAACACCAUCCCAACUGUGAAGCAUGGAGGUGGAAACAUCAUUCUUUGGGGAUGCUUUUCUGCAAAGGGGACAGGACGACUGCACCGUAUUGAGGGGAGGAUGGAUGGGGCCAUGUAUCGCGAGAUCUUGGCCAACAACCUCCUUCCCUCAGUAAGAGCAUUGAAGAUGGGUCGUGGCUGGGUCUUCCAGCAUGACAACGACCCAAAACACACAGCCAGGGCAACUAAGGAGUGGCUCCGUAAGAAGCAUCUCAAGGUCCUGGAGUGGCCUAGCCAGUCUCCAGACCUGAACCCAAUAGAAAAUAUUUGGAGGGAGCUGAAAGUCUGUAUUGCCCAGCGACAGCCCCGAAACCUGAAGGAUCUAGAGAAGGUCUGUAUGGAGGAGUGGGCCAAAAUCCCUGCUACAGUGUGUGCAAACCUGGUCAAGACCUACAGGAAACGUAUGAUCUCUGUAAUUGCAAACAAAGGUUUCUGUUCUGCUUUUCUGAUGUAUCAAAUACUUAUGUCAUGCAAUAAAAUGCAAAUUAAUUACUUAAAAAUCAUACAAUGUGAUUUUCUGGAUUUUUGUUUUAGAUUCCGUCUCUCACAGUUGAAGUGUACCUAUGAUAAAAAUUACAGACCUCUAUAUGCUUUGUAAGUAGGAAAACCUGCAAAAUCGGCAGUGUAUCAAAUACUUGUUCUCCCCACUGUAUGUACAUGAAGGCAGGUGACUAGACAUCAGGAUAUAUAAUAAUAAGAGUAAAACCAGAGCAGCAGCAGCAAAUAAGUGUGUGUUUGUCUGUGUGUUUGUGUCGGUAUGUGUUGUGUGUUGUAUGUUAUGUGUUGUGUGUUGUGUGCGUAUGUAGUGUAUGGGGGUUUUGUGUGGGAGUGUCAAUGUAGUGUGUGUGAGUGAGUGUGUAUAUAUACAGUAUAGUCUAGUGAGUGUGUAUAUAUACAGUAUAGUCUAGUGAGUGUAUAUAUACAGUAUAGUCUAGUGAGUGUGUAUAUAUACAGUAUAGUCUAGUGAGUGUGUAUAUAUACAGUAUAGUCUAGUGAGUGUGUAUAUACAGUAUAGUCUAGUGAGUGUAUAUAUACAGUAUAGUCUAGUGAGUGUAUAUAUACAGUAUAGUCUAGUGAGUGUGUAUAUAUACAGUAUAGUCUAGUGAGUGUGUAUAUAUACAGUAUAGUCUAGUGAGUGUGUAUAUACAGUAUAGUCUAGUGAGUGUAUAUAUACAGUAUAGUCUAGUGAGUGUAUAUAUACAGUAUAGUCUAGUGAGUGUGUAUAUACAGUAUAGUCUAGUGAGUGUGUAUAUACAGUAUAGUCUAGUGAGUGUGUAUAUAUACAGUAUAGUCUAGUGAGUGUAUAUAUACAGUAUAGUCUAGUGAGUGUGUAUAUAUACAGUAUAGUCUAGUGAGUGUGUAUAUAUACAGUAUAGUCUAGUGAGUGUGUAUAUACAGUAUAGUCUAGUGAGUGUAUAUAUACAGUAUAGUCUAGUGAGUGUAUAUAUACAGUAUAGUCUAGUGAGUGUGUAUAUACAGUAUAGUCUAGUGAGUGUGUAUAUACAGUAUAGUCUAGUGAGUGUAUAUAUAUACAGUAUAGUCUAGUGAGUGUAUAUAUACAGUAUAGUCUAGUGAGUGUGUAUAUACAGUAUAGUCUAGUGAGUGUAUAUAUACAGUAUAGUCUAGUGAGUGUGUAUAUAUACAGUAUAGUCUAGUGAGUGUGUAUAUACAGUAUAGUCUAGUGAGUGUAUAUAUACAGUAUAGUCUAGUGAGUGUAUAUAUACAGUAUAGUCUAGUGAGUGUGUAUAUAUACAGUAUAGUCUAGUGAGUGUAUAUAUACAGUAUAGUCUAGUGAGUGUAUAUAUACAGUAUAGUCUAGUGAGUGUGUAUAUAUACAGGAUAGUCUAGUGAGUGUGUAUAUACAGUAUAGUCUAGUGAGUGUGUAUAUAUACAGUAUAGUCUAGUGAGUGUGUAUAUACAGUAUAGUCUAGUGAGUGUGUACAGUGGGGAAAAAAAGUAUUUAGUCAGCCACCAAUUGUGCAAGUUCUCCCACUUAAAAAGAUGAGAGAGGCCUGUAAUUUUCAUCAUAGGUACACGUCAACUAUGACAGACAAAAUGAGGGAAAAAAAUCCAGAAAAUCACAUUGUAGGAUUUUUUAUGAAUUUAUUUGCAAAUUAUGGUGGAAAAUAAGUAUUUGGUCAAUAACAAAAGUUUCUCAAUACUUUGUUAUAUACCCUUUGUUGGCAAUGACACAGGUCAAACGUUUUCUGUAAGUCUUCACAAGGUUUUCACACACUGUUGCUGGUAUUUUGGCCCAUUCCUGCAUGCAGAUCUCCUCUAGAGCAGUGAUGUUUUGGGGCUGUCGCUGGGCAACACAGACUUUCAACUCCCUCCAAAGAUUUUCUAUGGGGUUGAGAUCUGGAGACUGGCUAGGCCACUCCAGGACCUUGAAAUGCUUCUUACGAAGCCACUCCUUCGUUGCCCGGGCGGUGUGUUUGGGAUCAUUGUCAUGCUGAAAGACCCAGCCACGUUUCAUCUCCAAUGCCCUUGCUGAUGGAAGGAGGUUUUCACUCAAAAUCUCACGAUACAUGGCCCCAUUCAUUCUUUCCUUUACACGGAUCAGUCGUCCUGGUCCCUUUGCAGAAAAACAGCCCCAAAGCAUGAUGUUUCCACCCUCAUGCUUCACAGUAGGUAUGGUGUUCUUUGGAUGCAACUCAGCAUUCUUUGUCCUCCAAACACGACGAGUUGAGUUUUUACCAAAAAGUUCUAUUUUGGUUUCAUCUGACCAUAUGACAUUCUCCCAAUCCUCUUCUGGAUCAUCCAAAUGCACUCUUGCAAACUUCAGACGGGCCUGGACAUGUACUGGCUUAAGCAGGGGGACACGUCUUGCACUGCAGGAUUUGAGUCCCUGGCGGCGUAGUGUGUUACUGAUGGUAGGCUUUGUUACUUUGGUCCCAGCUCUCUGCAGGUCAUUCACUAGGUCCCCCCGUGUGGUUCUGGGAUUUUUGCUCACCGUUCUUGUGAUCAUUUUGACCCCACGGGGUGAGAUCUUGCGUGGAGCCCCAGAUCGAGGGAGAUUAUCAGUGGUCUUUUAUGUCUUCCAUUUUCUAAUAAUUGCUCCCACAGUUGAUUUCUUCAAACCAAGCUGCUUACCUAUUGCAGAUUCAGUCUUCCCAGGCUCGUGCAGGUCUACAAUUUUGUUUCUGGUGUCCUUUGACAGCUCUUUGGUCUUGGCCAUAGUGGAGUUUGGAGUGUGACUGUUUGAGGUUGUGGACAGGUGUCUUUUAUACUGAUAGCAAGUUCAAACAGGUGCCAUUAAUACAGGUAACGAGUGGAGGACAGAGGAGCCUCUUAAAGAAGAAGUUACAGGUCUGUGACCGCCAGAAAUCUUGCUUGUUUGUAGGUGACCAAAUACUUAUUUUCCACCAUAAUUUGCAAAUAAAUUCAUAAAAAAUCCUACAAUGUGAUUUUCUGGAUUUUUUUCCUCAAUUUGUCUGUCAUAGUUGACGUGUACCUAUGAUGAAAAUUACAGGCCUCUCUCAUCUUUUUAAGUGGGAGAACUUGCACAAUUGUUGGCUGACUAAAUACUUUUUUUCCCCACUGUAUAUAUACAGUAUAGUCUAGUGAGUGUGUAUAUACAGUAUAGUCUAGUGAGUGUAUAUAUACAGUAUAGUCUAGUGAGUGUGUAUAUAUACAGUAUAGUCUAGUGAGUGUAUAUAUACAGUAUAGUCUAGUGAGUGUAUAUAUAUACAGUAUAGUCUAGUGAGUGUGUAUAUAUACAGUAUAGUCUAGUGAGUGUGUAUAUACAGUAUAGUCUAGUGAGUGUAUAUACAGUAUAGUCUAGUGAGUGUAUAUAUACAGUAUAGUCUAGUGAGUGUGUAUAUAUACAGUAUAGUCUAGUGAGUGUGUAUAUAUAUACAGUAUAGUCUAGUGAGUGUGUGUAUAUACAGUAUAGUCUAGUGAGUGUGUGUAUAUACAGUAUAGUCUAGUGAGUGUGUGUAUAUACAGUAUAGUCUAGUGAGUGUGUAUAUAUACAGUAUAGUCUAGUGAGUGUGUAUAUAUACAGUAUAGUCUAGUGAGUGUGUAUAUACAGUAUAGUCUAGUGAGUGUGUAUAUACAGUAUAGUCUAGUGAGUGUAUAUAUACAGUAUAGUCUAGUGAGUGUGUAUAUAUACAGUAUAGUCUAGUGAGUGUGUAUAUAUACAGUAUAGUCUAGUGAGUGUGUAUAUACAGUAUAGUCUAGUGAGUGUAUAUAUACAGUAUAGUCUAGUGAGUGUGUAUAUACAGUAUAGUCUAGUGAGUGUGUAUAUAUACAGUAUAGUCUAGUGAGUGUGUAUAUAUACAGUAUAGUCUAGUGAGUGUGUAUAUAUACAGUAUAGUCUAGUGAGUGUAUAUAUAUACAGUAUAGUCUAGUGAAUGUAUAUAUACAGUAUAGUCUAGUGAGUGUGUAUAUACAGUAUAGUCUAGUGAGUGUAUAUAUACAGUAUAGUCUAGUGAGUGU